AUGGAACUUGGGAGAAAACUGAAUUUCAAUGGGUCGAUGGGAGGAUCCACUGAUACAGAGUGCCAGAAGUUGCCUACACAGUGGACAAGUGCCACAAGGCAAUAUGGAGUCAGUGGCAAGAAAUGCGAUUGUUGUGUGAACAAGGUGGACAUAAUUCAAGGUAUUUUUCCAAUCCAAUAAAAAUAUUUGCAUCACAGCUCCCACCAUUCAAAGAACUUGCUCAACAUCUUGCAAUAAUAUUUUAGAAAAUAAAUAUUGUUGAGCAUCACCUGCAAAUCUCAAUUUGGACUUUGGAAAAUUCUGCAUGGGCACAGAAACUUGAGAAAUCAUGUUUCCCCAACGAUCCCAGAGUUCCACAUCCAAACGAGAACAGACAGGCAGUGUAUUUCAGAUUUCAUUCUGCAUUUUUGCAGAUACCCGUAACAAUGGACGUUGUUUUAAACACAUCUAUUUUUAAACGACAGUGUUGUGAUCCAGAAAAACUAGUGAUUAGAAAUCAGCCAGAGACUGCAGUUUUCACCUAGUGGUUCUCAUUUGCAUGCCUCCGGUUCUUAUCUGAAAAUUGAAAUCUUUCUGAACGCAUAUAGCUAAGUGCCAAAAAGAUUGUGGUGAGGCCAAACAACUCCCUAAAAUUCAAUAAGAAAAAAAUAUUGUUGUGUAAUUUACUCAUACACAUCUGACUACUCAAUAGCUGUCCUUGGUAAUAACUCAUUCUCUUCUUGAUCGCUGGACUCUCUGCCUCUCACUAUCUUUAUCACUGUAGAAGAUAAAUUCUAAGUUCACUGGCCUAGUGUCACGGCUGCUAGUGUGGUCCAACACGUAGAAACUAUGUAAACAUAUACAUACAAAAGGAAAGGAAAUAAAAGGACAGAGCGUAAACCGGACUUUAGAAUGGCUGGGCUAAUACGCUAGAGAUAGAGAAUGGUCAAAGGGAAAGCCGAGGUCAAAGAAGCCAGAAAUACUCAGAUACCAUUUAAACAAGCCAAGUCAUGGGAACCAGAAUUCGGAAUAACCAGGGAAAAGCCAAGAUCAGGAUACCAGGAAGUAAUAUUAACAAAGAUAAACGUAUUCUACCGAACCAGGAACAGGAAACCACGACAGGGCAAGGUACUGGGGUGAAUUAGGGAUUUAAAUAUCCCUCUCUAGGCUCCGAUUGGUCAGAGAGUAACCUCUGACCCCAGAACGUGCACGUGCGUUGACGUUGUGACGUCACGCGCACGUUCGUAUAAUUUUGGAAGGGUGGCGCCAUGGAUGGACGCGACCUCUUGGUCGGCACCAUCUUGGAUUUCCCUGAGCGGCGUGGAGGAACGGUUCCCGGCUCGCCAAUGUGCAGGUAAGCUCAGUGAGUUGGUGCGGUCGUGCCGGUCGGGCACGGACGCACAUGGCGGCGAGCCGGGGGUCGUGACACCUAGUAUGUGGCUACUUAUGUUUACCAUAGGCUAACUCUUGCCUCUUAUGUCUAAUCCUCAAUUAACAGUUGUCUCAUCUUGCAUACCCUGUAAAGCUCUAAUCUUCUACAGUUGACAAAGAUAUAACCAUAACACAAUUUUCUAUGCUACCUUUGUGUUCCUAAACCCAGUCCCAAUGUAGCCUUAUUCUGGUCCAUGUCUGUACUUAUUCACCUAUGCCUCCUAUUACCUCCAUACUUCUGUGUGUCUCUCUUUGACUUCCUACUAGACUUGUGUCUAGAAAAGUUUUGGUUCUUCUGAGGCAGUUCUGUAGAAACAAACAUUUCACGGCAACAGAGUUUAAUUCACGUUGGUGUUCGUUUCUGCAGAAUUUUGGUAAUGAGAAAUAUUCAGGAAGGCCAUUUAAACAGCCAGAACAGCAUGAAAAAAAUGGGACUAUAUAACAACUGGCAUGCAAAAAUGACUACAAUGUUGUCUGGCCUAAUGGUUACACAAUAUGAGAUGUUUUCGCAAUGCCAAUUCCGAAUUUCCAAAAUUAGAUUAUAUGUAUCUGGAUUUACAAUAAACAAAUAAAUAUAUAAAUAGGACGUCAGGGAAUGAUUGAUGGUAAUCGUUUUCCUUUAGCUAUCUUGUAUUAAGAAAAAUGGGGAGCACAAAUAAUUUUAAGUUCAAAAUAGGGGAUUUAUUGACCACAGGCUCGGACUGGCCAUCUGGCAUACAAUCCGAGCCCUGCUGGGUGCCUUCAUGGGCCGGUGGCGAGAUCAAAGAUUUCCCUCACCGGCCCUAAGGCAAUGAAAGGCGGCCGCCGGCUGGGGAGGAAGGGAGACAGGAAAGGACCUGGGGAGCUUGGCGGUUACCAUGGCAAUGCUCCGAUCUCGCAAAAGUGAUCCCAAGCCCACAGGCAAGAGUUCACUCUCACGGCUAGGACCACCAGGGAUGGCUGCACGGUCCCCCCUCCCAGGCAAAAUGUAAGAAAAUGCUUGUGCUGCACAGAACAAAUACAGGGCCUUAUUCUCAUGCUACAGCUCUUCAGCAAAGCUCUGAGCUGCGCAUGGUCUGCCCUGGAAGUGCAUUGAACCAACAUGCUUACUUUGAGAGGGGGCAUGCUUGCCAUUGGUGAUGACAAAACACCCCCCCUGGCCCCGCCCCCUUCUCAGUGGGCCACUGUGACUAAAAAAUGCCUGGGAUGAAUUUUUUUUCCCAGUCCGGCCCUGUUUGACCACUUCAACCUUGACAAGAACAUGUUUGUGGCUAUUCUUCAGUGUGGGUAAAAAAAAAGUGCCAUAUCAGCUUCUCCCAAUCACGUCUGAGGAGGUAGCAAGCACUGUUAGCCAGGUAGUGUAAAACCACUACAAUGAAAGGCAGCAACAGCAUACAACUACAACAGCAGCAGGAUAAAUAUAAUUGUAAUUAAUUUAUUUUAGAAUUUUAGAAACAAUUUGAAGGGUCUAUUGACCAAUUGGAUCUAAGCUCACAGAUGAUAAAGCAUCAAAUAUUACUGAAGAGCCGGGUAACCCAAGUUUGGGAGACUGAAGUUGAAUAAGGCACAGCCCAGUGGGGAGUCAAUGCCAAUGGAUGGGUGGAAAGGCUAUGGAUUACAUCUUGUGUUUCUGUUGCAAAAUGGGUUAGUGCUUGGUGGAUUUAAUGCUGUAACAUUAUCGAGUUUGACAUUUAACAGCACAGUCCCCUAAUUAAGGAUUUUCAAUCUCCAAACAGUUAGCAAAUAAACAACAACCUUUAAUUGUAUGCUGGUAAGCUAGAUCUUUUUUGGAUCAAUGACCCAGGUUAUGCAAAAGGACCCCCCCAAACAGUUAACAAAACAUAAAUAACUUUUACCAACUGUAUAGGCCAGCUAGUGUUGCACUAGGGCUAGCUAAAAUAUUUUUUUUCUUCCGGACAUAACAGGCCUUUCAAGAUAGAAUUUUCUUUUCUUCAAACAGUUAAAGGACCACUAUAGUGCCAGGAAAACGUACUUGUUUUCCUGGCACUAUAGUGCCCUGAGGGUGCCCCCACCCUCAGGGACCCCCUCCCGCCGGGUUGGAUGGAGAGGAAGGGGUUAAACUUACCUCUUUCUCCAGCGCCGGGCGGGGAGCUCUCCUCCUCUUCGGCUAAAUGCGCAUGCGCAGCAGGAGCUACGCGCGCAUUCAGUCAGUCUCAUAGGAAAGCAUUCAUAAUGCUUUCCUAUGGACGCUUGCGUCUUCUAACUGUGAUUUUCACAGUGAGAAGCACACAAACGCCUCUAGCGGCUGUCAAUGAGACAGCCACUAGAAGCUUUAGAGCCUGGAUUAACCCAUUUAUAAACAUAGCAGUUUCUCUGAAACUGCUAUGUUUAUUAAAAAAAUGGUUAACCCUAGCUGGACCUGGCACCCAGACCACUUCAUUAAGCCGAAGUGGUCUGGGUGCCUAGAGUGGUCCUUUAACAAAAAGAAAACCAUAAACUAUUAACAACUGUAUAUUGGUAAUAUAGACUCACACUAGGAUGAAUGACAAAAUGUCUGCCAAGUGACACUCUCCUAUCUCCCACUCAAAGUGUUCUCUAGUGCUCCUGGCACUACUCGCUGCUAGAUACAGCAUUAAGCUAAGACUAGUCUGAAUGCAGAAUCAACAAUGACUCAGGCUAUCUCCCCCGCCGAACCAAUGUAGCCUGCUUGGAAGUAUUGUUUGUUUUUUUAUUGUGCCUCCCUAUUUUUUAGAGAGCUAUAGGUCACUCCACUUGAUCUGUAAAUAAAAUUAACAUUUAUAGGCUAACCAUCAAUUAUCUUUAUUUUGCUACCUCUCGAUUGGACAGGAUAUACAGGCCACAUGAUUGGUCAGACCCUUUGAUCCAUCAUGGCAAACUAAGCAGUUUAUUUUCCCCAACCUUUUUUUUUUUUAUUUCUGAAACCGAGCAUGUUCAGGCUCAUGUGAGUUGGUCUCCCUGAGAUUCUGACAUGUGGCUGUUCAGAAAUCAAAAAAUCUUCUGAUCACCCAAUUGACCUGAUUUCAGCAGAAUUACAGUUUGUUCAAAACGAAGUCUACUCCACACCCCUGUGUUUCUGUUUAUCAGUGCACACCCAUAUGUAUUUGCCUGUGUCCUCUACCUAUUUCUCAUCACUCUAUAGACAUAGGUGUGGCUUUGCUACUUCAAGCCAGAUUAUUCUGUGAUAUUUUGGCAUGGUUUAUGGAGGGGCGAAUGUUUUAUUUCAUAUAGUCACCUUCCUAUUACAAAAAACAUGACUAAAACAGAACAAAGAAUAUGCCAGUGCUAAAAGAAGCACAGCCAGGCCUCCUGCAAAAAUGCAAUGCCACAUUACAUCCAAGACUAUGUGGGGUGAGUUGCAGUAGUGUAAUUACUAGGAAAACGAACGGUGUGGCGGCCCAGGUGAAAAAAUUGGGCAGACACCCAUAAAAUAGUAAAGAAAGUGCCAGAAGGCGGCCUGUCACAGGGAGCCCAGGAGGUAGCUGGCUGGCCACCUUAGGGUCCACCGAAGUGGGAGCUUAAGGCAGAUUAGGUACCUGCUUACCUAGAUGGCAGGGGCCUACUCUGCCAGAAUAUACUGGGGAGAGAGGAGGCAGGAGGCUGGCAGUGGGAGGGAGCGCUGAUGUUCUUUCAGUUCCUCACUGCUCCCUGGCUCAACCUGCUUGAUGUAGAGAGACGGAAUAUGAUGUCACUCCGGUCACGGCACAACUAAACAGAGCAAGGGAGCAGUGCGGAACUGGAAGAUUACAAGAGUCACUGGACCCCAGGAAUAAGUUCCACACCCAAUCCUAGGAAGAAUAUCCCAACUGGACCCCAGGGAGUAAGUACGCAUUGGACCACAGGGAGUAAAUCCGCACUGCACCACAGGGAAUAAAUCCCCACUGGGCCACAGGGAGUAAAUCCCAACUAAACCCCAAGGAGAAGAUCCCCACUGGACUCCAGGGAGAAGCAAACCACUGGACCCCAGGGAUAGGAUCCACACUGGACUUCAGGGAGAAUUACACCACUGCUUUCGUAUAAAAACAGUACAUACAAACAUACAAUUGUUUUCAAAUGCCAACACUACACUCAAAUAUAUAUAUAUAUAUAUAUAUAUAUAUAUAUAUAUACACAUUCGAACACAAAACAUGCUUAAAAGUUUUCACCAGAUAUGUUUUUCUUUUACAUUAAGAAGUGUUUAUUCAUAAAAAAUAUAAUGCUCUUUAUCAAAAACGAUGAUAUUAGGUACAUGGGAUGAAUAAGCAAUAUUGGCAAAUUAUACCAAAAUGUACUUCGAACAUCCAAUAGGAACAGAACCCUCUGGAGGUAGAGUGAUGAUGAGAAACGGGAAAGACCAGAUACAGCCUGAGGAAAUAAAGACAAAGGGGAUUAGUUGCAGCAAAUGCUUUGAAUAAACAGGAGGAUGUCACCAAGAGAAGGGACAAUGGGAAAGCAGGCUAGAUUUUCAACUAAAAUGUAUAAUGAAGGGAAGACAUUCAUUGGUACUAAAAUGUUUCCCCCCUUGUAUAUACACUAGAGAUUAAGGCAGUGUGCAGGUAACUUGUUUGGUUUCUCUUAUUUCUAUAUUGGGCAGAAAACUGUAGCUCUUGCAGCCUCCUGAGAGUGAUGGGAGUUUAUGCUCAGGGCUAACGCAUAUUUUAACAUACAAUGAAGACAGCAGACAACAGUGUGACUGAAUACAUAACACUUAACCUAUAGUGACAGCAGGGGAAUGAAGAGGUCAGCAAGGACAAGAGACAUUACAAUUUUAACUGUUGUGGAAACACGUGUUUGUUUAGGUCUGCAGUGGUAUUCUAAAGCGGAAUGCCAUACUUCUGUAUUAACAUACCAGUAAUGGACAUUAUUCAGUGUUUGAGUCUUGUCAGCUGACCACUGGAUGGACAGACCUGCGUUAGAUAAUUAUGUAAAUAAAAAAUGCUCUGGUUAUAGUUACAUGAGAUCAGUAUAUGCUUGGUAAGGAGUCCUGGUGAUCUGGAAGGAUUUGGUUGACACCGAAAGUCCAGUUUCUUUUUCACAUCCUCAACUAAACUGCCAUCACAACCACAAUAAAGAUAUAUAGACAUCACACUAGCACUCCAUGUCAGUCACGAUUAGACACAGCGGUUACUGCUGUCUAGCAUAUAUAAUGGAUGUUUCCUCAUACAAGCUAUAUGAAGUGCACGCAGAUCACAAACUGUGCAUUGUCUUUAGAAAUUACUUGGAAUGUUUACACAAACCAUAAGGUCACAACCAUGAAGCAUCUUGUAGGACGAUAAAAAAAAAUAACAAAAUCACCACAUAUAAAUUAAAGAAUAAAUCAUUGAGGUCCCUUUAGAAAGCAGGUGAUAUCAGGGUGUCAUCAAUGAAAGGGGUUGCUACCUUGAUAGUAAUGCAAUUUAUGCUCAGACUGAGCAUAUAGGUAAAGUAUAUGGGUGACUGUGUUACCUACAGACAGUUGUCUUAUCGUGCCAUUUCAAAUCAUAGCAAUUUGUAAUAACACAUCAGUGACCAUUCACCAUUAUAAUGAGGUUAUAAUAAACACUAAACGUGAGGCAUAUCCAGAGACAAAGAUUGUCCGUCAGCCAUCACUUGACUAAUGGAGCAGACCUCUUCUCACGCGAUGUACAAAAGAUGUCCCUGUCAUUUGUGGUAUCUUCUGCACACCUUCUCUUUCGUAUCACAUGAGCGAGAGGGUACCAAGGGUUGUGACUCCAUUUGCCAGAUUCUAAAGAUGGAGCAGAAACAUGUCAAGGAAUGGUAGAUACAAAUACGUAGUAUAUCUCCUUUCUCCAUCUUCCUCCUGGGUGCCACCAGGCAAGCUGACAUGCCACCUUGCAAAGCCAAGUAAAUGCAAAAUCUCCAUAAAAAGUGACAACAAAUAGAAGACUUUAGUUAGACUAGAAAUGAUACCUUUGUUAACUCUAGAAUAAAAAAAAUUAAAAUAAAAUAAGUGUUAUAGGGCAGUGAUCACUUUUAGAUCAGACUGUGAACAUGGGUUCCAUGCCACUCUCCUUGCAGGGUGACUGUCAGUUGAUGCUCCAGUCAAUUAAUGCAAUCCAAAUUUGCAGAUAGCAGCAGAAGCCUUCUUGCACCAUAACCACUACAAUGGGCUGAAGUGGAGCAGAGGUAUCAUCUCUGGAAAAUCAACUCAAGAAUUCCUGCAUUAAUGUUUCCUUUAAACUCUUAUUUUCAAACUGUUCUAUUCCAUCUCCCUCCCUAUACUAUCACUACUUAAUUGGUAACUAUAUCUCCCAUCCUGAUCUUCUGUUUUUGUUUUUCUUAAGGCUGGUAUGAUCAUGUCAUUUUAUGUUCAUUCUCUUAGACUCUUUGUUAAUUAUUUGUUUAGCUAGUGUUACUACUCUCACUGAUAAUCUAGUAAAUUUAUGUUCAUGGUUUAUGACUUUCACCUAUCUGAUCCUUCCUAUCUUUUUACCAAAUGUUCUCUCCUUUUAGUUUUUCAUCUCUAAUUAAUUACCUCAAUAGCCCCAUGUCUCCCCACCCAUAACAGUGUGUUUUAUUUCGUUUUUUUUUUUCUAACCUCAGACCUUAUAUUUCAGACUGGGCCCCUUAAAACAGCAUUAACACUCAGCACUCCCAAGCAACCAAGUCCUGCUGAAUCUUCAGAGCAGAGGUAUCAUCUCUGGAAGAUUGCCCACCCACCCCUCCCCACAACAUCCCACCCCAUGGUCAUCAACUCAUUUAUAGAUAGUGCACAUCAGCAGAUUUCCAUAACACACCAAUCAAGUCAUUAAACCAAUCCUCACCUGAAUUCAUUUAACACACUGCAUCCUUACAAUGGUUUAAACACUCAUUGAUAUUUGUGUGUGUUUGUAUAUAUGAUCUACAUAUCUAUAUAAUACACAUUUUCUCUAAUGUUCUCCCUUCUAUUUUUCACUUUAACACUAACUUCUGUCAUUACUAAAAUAUCCCUAUCCUUUCACUCACCUGUCCCUGGCAACACCAUCAUCAUUACUUCCACCUUACUCCCCUCCCCUCUCUAUUCAUCCCAUGCACUCUACACAUACCUUUCCAGCCUAUCUCCACCGACUCUUUCCAAAUCCUCUACAUACAUACCCUCCUACAAAACUUUCAAAUCCUACUCCCACCUUCACUUCCUUUCUAUCCUUCUGCUCCUAGCAGCUGGUGAUGUCUCUCCAAACCCCGGUCCCCUCUCAACAAACUCAGCACAUACUAACCCAAGGAUCCACACUAAUCUCAUACCCAUCUCUUGUUCCUCUAAAUCCUCCUUCAAAACUGCCCUCUGGAACGCACGCUCUGUUUGCAAUACAACUUAAUCCACUGCUGUCCAUGACUACUUCAUCUCUCGUUCAAUAGAUUUACUAGCCUUAACAGAAACCUGGCUCUCCCCCUCUGACACUGCCACCCCUGCAUCCUUGUCCUUCGGUGGUCUCCAACUUACCCACAACCCAAGAAACUCUGAAUGUAAAGGUGGUGGUGUUGGGUUUCUCCUCUCCCCUCACUGCUCUUUUAAACCUCUUCCCACCCCCCCUUCCCUCUCUUUCCCGUCAUUUGAAAUACACUCAAUUCGCCUUUUCAAACCCUUCGCUGCUAACAUUGCUGUUAUUUACCGUCCCCCUGGUUCCCCUCUUCUCGUCCUUGACCACUUUGCUGCCUGGCUACCCUAUUUCCUCUCUUCUAAUAUCCCAUCCCUAAUUCUCGGGGACUUCAAUAUUCCUAUAAACCCACCUUUGACCUCUGCAGCCAAUAAACUACUUUCAAUUACUUCCUCCCUCGGGCUAUCACACUGGGCAAAUUCUCCCACUCAUGUAGCUGGCAAUACCCAUGACCUAAUCUUCACUUAUGCAUGUACUGUAUCUAAUAUCUGCAACACUCCGUAUCCACUCUCUGAUCACCACCUCUUAUCGUUUGCUCUCACGUACCCUCACUCAACAACCUCCGCCUAACCACCCUCAACUCAGGAGGGACCUUAAUUCUCUUGAUCUCCAACAGUUGUCAGCUGACAUUGAUUCACAACUGCUGUCCAUCCCUUCCUUCUCCUGUCCUUCACUGGCCAUCUCCAUAUAUAACUCUACUCUUACAUCUGCCUUGAACACUGCAGCGCCACUCCAAACAAGCACCUCAAGGAGGACCCGCCGCCAACCAUGGCAUACUAGAUCAACGCGCUACCUGCAAAGAUGCUCCCGUUGUGCUGAACGCUCCUGGAGGAAGUCUCGCACCCAGUCAGACUUUCUCCACUAUAGAUUCAUAUUGUGUUCAUACAGUGCAGUCCUUGCUCUUGCCAAACAGUCCUAUUUUUCCUCUCUCAUUAGUUCAUGUUCCCGCAACCCCAGGCGUCUCUUUGACACCUUUAAUUCUCUUCUUCGCCCCGCUGUGGCCACCCCCCAAACCAACCUUACUGCUGAUAACUUUGCAUGUUACUUCACUGACAAAAUUGAACAGCUAAGGAAAGAAUUCUCCCCUCCUUGCCUUUCUGUUUCUCAAUCACACAUAGAUCAUGCCUUUCCUACCCUUCAGACAUUCUCCCCAGCCACUGACCAAGAGGUGGCUGCUCUUCUUUGCUCCUCUCGCCCCACCACUUGCCCCCUCGAUCCUGUCCCAUCUCACCUUAUCAGAUCUCUCUCCACUUGUCUCGUGCCUUCUCUAACACACAUCUUCAACUGCUCGCUCUCUUCUGGCAUCGUCCCUGCUGACCUUAAACAUGCCACUGUAGUACUUAUACUAAAAAAAACAUCCCUCGACCCGUCCACCCCCUCUAACUACCGUCCCAUAUCCCUGCUCCCUUUUUCCUCAAAGCUUCUGGAAAGACUUGUCUUUACCCGUGUGUCUCAUUUCCUCGAUUCCAACUCUCUCCUUUACCCCCUUCAAUCUGGCUUCCGCCCUCUCCACUCUACAGAGACUGCCCUUAUCAAAGUUACUAACGACCUAAUCGCAGCUAAAUCCAAAGGCCACUACUCCAUACUAAUUCUUCUUGACCUCUCAGCGGCCUUUGACACCGUUGAUCAUGCUCUCUUUCUUCAAACUCUGCAAUCGCUUGGUCUCUGUGACUCUGUCCUCUCAUGGUUUUCCUCUUAUCUCUCCCAACGCUCAUUCAGUAUCUCUUUUUCUAAUGAUACCUCCUCCCCUCGCCCUGUCUCGGUUGGAGUUCCCCAAGGCUCCGUCCUUGGUCCCCUUCUAUUUUCUCUUUAUACUGCCUCUCUUGGCAAACUUAUUACCUCAUUUGGAUUCCACUACCACCUGUACGCUGAUGACACCCAGCUAUAUCUCUCCUCCCCAGACCUCUCCCCUGCUGUCCUGCAACGUGUCACUGCUUGCCUUUCUUCCAUCUCUGAAUGGAUGUCCUCCCGCUUUCUGAAACUCAAUCUCUCAAAAACUGAGCUCCUUGUCUUUCCUCCUCCUAAUACUGAUCCUCCUCUUUCGCUCUCCCUUCAAGUUUGUGGUACCAACAUCAGCCCAUCCUUGCAAGCGCGCUGUCUUGGCGUCAUACUUGACUCUGGUCUCACCUUUGAGCCUCACAUCCAGCAUGUUGCCAAAUCCUGUAGAUUCCAUCUUAAAAACAUAGCCCGCAUCCGCCCCUUUCUUGCACCAGAUACUACCAAGGAGCUUGUCCAUGCUCUAAUAAUUUCCCGCAUGGAUUAUUGUAACCCUCUCCUGCUUGGUCUUCCCAAAAGCCGUACUGCACCCCUACAGUCUGUAAUGAAUGCUGCUGCUAGACUGAUUUUCCUCUCUAGUCGGUUCUCUCACACCUCACCCCUCUGCCAGUCCUUACAUUGGCUUCCUGUGUGCUAUAGGAGUCAAUUCAAGGCACUAACUCACACCUAUAAAGCACUGAACAACUCUAGCCCCUCUUAUAUCUCCUCACAGAUCCAUAGGUAUGUCCCUUCUCGGUCUCUCCGCUCUGCCCGUGACCACCUCCUGUCCGUUGUCCGCACCCGUACGGCCAACUCGCGCUUGCAGGACUUCUCGCGGGCGGCUCCCUUCCUAUGGAAUAGCCUGCCUCCCGCCAUCAGACUCUCCCCUAGUCUUGCAUCUUUUAAGAAGUGCCUUAAAACCCAUCUCUUUAGGAAAGCUUAUGGCCUCCAAGACUAACCCCUACCUCACAUACCUGUCUCUUGCCCUCUCCUAAAGGGCAGCCCACCUUAUUUGAUUGCAAAUUCCUGUCCUACUGUGUUUUACACCCCACCUCCUAUAGAAUGUAAGCUCGAUUGAGCAGGGUCCUCUUCAACCUAUUGUUCCUGUAAGUUUAUUUGUAAUUGUCCUAUUUAUAGUUAAAUCCCCUCUCAUAAUAUUGUAAAGCGCUACGGAAUCUGUUGGCGCUAUAUAAAUGGCAAUAAUAAAUAAAUAAGUGUGUACAGUACUCUGCGGGCCUUUAAUAUGAUUAAGUAUUUUUCAGCCUAAUUUGCUAUGUUGCUAGUUUAUGAGGGAGAUAUUACCAGGCUGAUCACUAAGCAGUAAAGAUUUAUGGCAGACUGCUUUUCUAAACUCCUACAUUGUUCUUAAGUAAGCAGUGCUGUUUACAUUGUUGCAACAUUGUUUCUCUGAAUGUGCUUUUGUUGAACACCCCCAGAGUUUCAGCCCUGCUCUAGCUAACUGGUUUAGCAUUCCUAUUUAACGCUCCAAGUACAGUACUUUUUUCUCACUGGUUACCAGAUUUUGACCAAAAUGUGUACCCUCAUUCGACAUUUUGGCCAAAUCGCUUCAUCCAGAAAAUAAAAUUGUGUUAGUUGAUUCAUUAUUCGUCCAUGUAGCAUUUUGGUUUGGACUAAUUUUGUCCGUGUAGUAGUUUUGAUAAAACGGAUUUGGAUGAACCAAACAGCACAAAAACUGGCCAAUCAAUGUACUACAAAAUAAAUACAAUGUAAAUAUUAUGUAUAUAUUUUUAGUAUACAAUUAUUGGGUGUUGCAUUCAGCUCUUUAAAUCUCUGUGGCUGAACUCAGGUCCAGUCACUGUCCCGUUGAUGUACAUUUUUUAUGUCGCAGGGUCCCCCGAUAAAGGAAGAACCUGAAGGGUAUGAGAAGACACCGACUGGGUUUCUAUGCAAGACCCCUGCAUCGCGAUUACCAGCUGCAGAGGGUGAUCAGCACUUGGCUAUGUAGGCUUCAUGACACUGAUCUGUGUGCGGGAUUGCGGCUAUGGUCACCAAAAAAACCCUCAUUAAGUGCAAGGUUUAGCACCCCAAAAUCUGUUCAAUAUGCAGGAGCUCAAGCUUAGCAUGUCUGCUCUGUUUGGAAGACAAACUCCACCCCUCUACUACUUGUAUUUUGUGACUUGUAACUUUAGAAAAUAUACAGAAAUCUUGGACAUAUGAGGUACCCUGUAAAUAAUUUAUUUUGAAUUACUUAAAGGGUUACUCCAAGCACCAGGACCACUUCAUUGAUUUUAAGUGGUUAUGGUGCCUGGCUAUGUAUGUGCAGCCUUUCAUUUUACAUACAGAGAUUAACCCCCUAGCUGCUAUAGGUGUAACUCCACCUGCAGCAGCAUGAUUUACCAGCCUGUAGCAAGAGUUCCCUGCUGACUGUUGGCAAUUUUAUGCAAAAUUGGCAUCUGAUGCCAGCAUAUACAACAUGCUAAAGCCACACAGCCAAUCGUGGCAUGCUACCCUCCUCCCUGUGCUGCCCCUGUCUUCUCCUCAGUCCACCCACAAUAAACCUUCUUGCCCUCUGGCAAGUGGGAGUUAUGUCGACCAGGGAGGAUCAGACUGCAGGAGUUGGUGAUAGAACAAAGGUAAGUGUUGGUGUUUACUUUAUAAUUUUUUAAGUUUGCCAGCUCACAAAUGGUUACUCUAACCAAAAUUAAUGUUUUAUGAAAAGGCUGUUUUUUGGUUGAAGUAACCAGUUAAGCCGUGUUAAUGAUGUACAUAUUAUUAUUGCCAAAACUGUGAAACAUGGAAAUUGAGGUUGAACACACACAUAGCAAAAAUGCCAAAAUUGAGUCCUUAAGUACAAAACAAGUGAAGAGAUGCCAAUUAAGGGAUAAUAGACAUGAAGCCAAAUAUACCUACUGUAGGCAUAGUGGAGAUGAGAAAAGUCACAACAAGUGUCAAACCCUUCAUAAAUUAUUUGCAUAUUACUGUUGAAUAGCGCUUCAUACCAUACAGAGCUGGAUUAACCAUUACGCAGCCUAGGCAUAGUGGGUCCCUAACUGGAUGCCCUCCUUAAGCCAGCAGGGAGAUCAGAAAGUUACAUAGUUACAUAGCUGAAAAGAGACUUGCGUCCAUCAAGUUCAGUUCUCCUUGCAGGGCCCUGUGUCACUCACCUGCCCCAGGGAGCAUCGUGGGCUGCACUAAUAUCAGGUGCAGACCACUUUAAGAGCUCCCUCGUGGGCCCCCCAGUGCUUAUCGAUAACUUAAAGUCAUUAACUAAGUGGCAGUCUGUGAGGGAUUUUAAUGAAGACAGAGCGUUGUGGUCUUCACCAAUAUUGGGGCAUACCACAAUGCUUUCCCACUGGACCACCAGGGAAAGUUCUCCAUUGGAUCACAGGGGGAAAGUGCAAGGGACACUAUAGGCACCCAGAACAAUUAAAGUGGUCUGGGUGCAGUGCCCCUGUCCCCUUAACCCUGCCAUGUAAAAUAUUGCAGUUUCAGAGAAACUAAAACGUUUACAUUGCAGGGUUAAGUCCACUACUAGUGUGUCAUUCAGACAUCCACUAGAGGCGUUUCCUGUGCUCUAACAAAGUUUUAAUCCAUAAAUUAAUGUUUGAUAUCCUCAUGCUUUGCUCAAGCUUCAAAUUCCCUAUAGGAAAGCAUUGAUUCAAUGAUGCAAAUCACAAACCAUGCCUUUCUGUUUUCACCUAGAAUUAUUAUAAGUUUACUUGACAACUAGAAAGGACUUGGUAUAGAUUUCCAACAUGGUCCUUAACAUUGGAGUCCUGUGAAUCGAGACAUCGGCAGGUGAGGUUAAAGGUUCAAAACAAGGCCAGAAUGAGGGCAGAUCCAUUUGAAGAACUGGCAGGUCAGCCCGGCGUAAAUCAUCCAGGCCGGCCCACUAAGAGGGGACAAUGCAGAGAUCCUCUUUGGGGACUAUUCCCUAUAUUGAAAAUAUGGAAUACUAGGGAACAAACCCAGGAUAGAGGGAGAGAAUAACUAGUCUAACAAGAAAAAUCCAAGAAUGCUAGUGGCAUUGUCCGGACUUUUGAUAUAAAGUAUUAUGAUGUAGUCUAGUUAUAACUGAUAAAAUGCUGUCAACCUGUUUCUAUGUAACAGGCUAUUGUGCAGGUACAGUAGUCUGCUGUAUAAUUAUGUUCUGCAUGACAAUGGGAAGCUACUGUAGAUGCAUUCCUCCCAAGACUGGGUGGCAUGAAUGGAGACAUGGGGUGAAAGAACCCUGCAGACUGAUACCAUGUAAAUACUCCGGCCAUCCACAGUGGAGGUGCUCUGUGUCAGGCGGACAUCGCAUGAUCCACCAGUAAAGUCAUACCAAGCGGACUGAUAGUCUCCAUGGCCUGCUCCUCUCAAGAACUUUCUUCAUGGUCCCUCCUAAUUCUCUCAAUGCAGUGAUGUGCUUGUAUUGCGCUUGCUGUGGAGGGUUUUCUAAUGUCUCUGGCUGUCAAACACCAAGGAACAAAAAACAGCAUGGAAAAACAGAAACCCAAUCUCGGGAUUGCUGGGAGGUAAUAGGUCUGCAACUGUAUAGAUCACGGAACUACACCGUGUAUUGCAAUAAUCACAUUUCCAUGCAUUAGCAGUACAUUAUGGGUUAACUCACUCAGCACAAAAUCAUACAUGUCAAUCACUAAAGUAAAAUGAUCCCGUUAUUAAAAGUGAACUUAAAAUUUAAGGCUAAAAUAGCCAAGAUAUAAAAUACUCAAAUUCAGCUCUGCUUCCAGUUUGACUACAGUUUAUAAUUUUGAAAUUUGCUUUGAAUGCCAUACUAUUUUCACGUUAGUGAGAAUGUUUUGAAAACUCAAUAGCAAAAUGUUGGCAACAGCAGCAGAUUUGGGGGAAAAAAUCCAACUUAUCUAUAAUUACAUCUUAGUAACGUUACCCCAAAAUUUGCAAUUCGGUUUUCAUUUUCCUAAUACACAUAAUACAUGAGGGAUUGUGUCACCUUUUAUAUGUAGUAUUACCAUAUAAUAUAGUUUGAAUUGUCAUCCCCCACCCCUUACCUCCCCCCAAUUCAUCAUCAGACAAUGUUAAUUUAUCAUCAGACAAUGUUAAUUCAUCAUCAGACAAUGUUAAUUCAUCAUCAGACAAUGUCUGAAACUCACAGAUUAACCUUACUCUCUGAUCAGACAAAUCCUUUAUUCUAUUCAAAUUUACUAAACUACAAUUAAAUAUUUGCUUUUAGGCUGUUUAUAGUUGUCAAAAGAAUCUUAGUCUUAGAUUCAAAUACAAUAUCCGCACCUUUGUUGACUGGUCAAAGAAGCAGUCUCUAAACAGUCUAUUCACACAGAGGAGUUCAAUGUGAUUACUGGAGACACUUAGACACCUAUAGUGCAAAAGUGCAUCUGAGAAAGCAUUAUGCAAUAAUUCAUUCUGAUUUUUUUUUUCUUUCAUAAAGGCAGAUGCACACAAAAAAUGGAAAAUCUCUCGCAAACCCUCCAAGCACCAUAACCACUACAGUCUAGGAGUGCCUUGGUGUCCUACAAAGUUCCAGUUUCAGGAUAAAAGGACAUGUGAGUUUUGAGGGUUUUCUUUUUAAUUUUUCACACCUCACAAACAGAUAAUUGUUACUUAGAGAGAUAAGUAAAUAUAAUUUCUAAAAUCCUUGAAAGUGACAGCUCCCUUUUAAGGCAGCAUCAGUUCUUGGUCUGUCCUUCACUAGAGUAGAAAAUGUUUUAGUAUGUUGACUCUGCAUACGGUCAGUGUAUAAACGUGGCAACCUAUUUCCCACAAAGAUUGUGUCCAUAUGUAUGUUGUGGCUAAUGAUUUUUACUUGGAAACUAUGAAAUGACCAUACAAAAGGACAAGACUGUAGUGUAGAUUGGAAGGUCAGUGGAUUCAAACAAGCAUUUCAGGAUCAGCAUUAGUGGAAUGCCCAAGGGUCAGAGAGGAUGGCAGUAAGGAACAAGGCUAAAUUGCAUGAUGGUCGGUAAAUGAGGAAUCAAUCAGGAACAAGGACGGGCCAUAUUCCUUGUUAAAAAAAUGAUUGGUUGAUGUCUUCUUAGUGUAAUUUUUUAUCAGGUUUUACAGUGUCACAUGACUGCGCAUAAGUAUUCUCACAGAUGCAGCUGCCUAAGGUAAUAAUUCCUGCAUGAAGCAAAAAAAAAAUAAAAAACCACACCUCUACUAUUACACUUAUAUUAUAACAAUUAUAGAGAGUUCUGAUGUUUUAGGGAAACUAUAGGCACCCAGACCAUACCAUCUCAAUGUAAAAUCCAGCACAAAGCCAUGACAUUUCCAUAGACAAACAUUGGCAGAGCUCAGUAAUUUUUAAUGUGGCAAUGGAUCCCACCUUUGCCACAAACCAGUUUGCAAAAUUUCGGCACUACUAGAUCUGACCUGACUAAGUGCUAUUAUUGUUAAAUGGAAAGCAAUCAUUUAUGGUUAGAACAGUGGUAAUGUCUUUGAACUGGAAAACCCAGGCUAAGACCUUCUCACCAGUAAGUUUCCCUGAGCAAGAUACCAAACAAAAUAUAUAAACCCUCAUAGAGCAUGGCCUUCGUCAAAUAUCCACUCCCUAGAAUUGUAAAGUGCUACAUAAAUUCUACGUCUACUAAUAAAGGGGCAACAACAGCCCAGCACAAACUCUCAGACCACGAACACUGAGAGUUGGGGGUUUCAAGUGCUAAAGUGUGUAGUGCAUUACUCAUGUUUCUUUCAAUGCCAAGUGUUGGCCAGUGUAGUGUACAGUACUCUGGAGCAGUGGGAAUUUGUACAUGCUUCACUAUGAAGAAUCUGGGUAUAGCAGGUGACUGGAGAAUGCUACCUACCAGAAAGCAUGGUGUCUACUGUAACGAUUGGCAGAGGAGGGUAUUUUUAGGCCCCUUAGUUCCAGUGUAAUCUUAAUGCUACAGGAUACAUAGAUAGUUGGGUGCUUUUAACUUUGUGGAAACAAUUUAUGGAAGGCCCUCUCCUGUUCCAGCAUGAUUGUGCCUAAAGUGAGGUCCAUAAAGACAUGGAUUGACAAGAAUGGUGUAGAGGAACUUGAGUGGCCUGCAUGAAGUGCUAUCCUUAAUCCACUGAAAACCUUUGGGAGAAAGUGAAAUGCCAGCUGUGAUCCAGACCUUUUCUUGUAACAAUAGUGCCUCAGCUCACAAAUGCUCUAUUGGGUAGAUAGGCAUUAAUUCCCACAAACACAAUCCAAAAUCUUGUGGCAAUCAUUCCCUGAAGAGUGGUGGCUGUAAUAGCCACAAAGGGUGGCCCGUAUCCAUAUUAACGGCCAUGGUUUUGGAAUAGGAUGCUCAGCAGGCUCAUAUAGGUUUGAUGGUCAGGUGUCCACAUACCUUUGGCCAUUUGGGGAAUGUAUUUGUGAGGUGUGAAAAAAUUCACACUUUAUCCUAAAAAUGGAUGCCUCGACAUUAGCUCCUUGAGAAUAAUUGUUAGAAGAUCUGUCCUUUGCAUCAUGCAGCUAGCAAAGAUAAUUGUUUUUUUAAUUAAAUGUUUUAUUCAAGAGGCAUUAUGCCUUUUAAUAAUAAUAUAUAAUACUCUACAGGUACUCUGUUGUGAAUAUGCAGGUACUCUGCUGUGAAAUAAGACUUGUCAAGCUAUUAUACCAAUAUAUACCAGCAUUUUAUUUAUUUUUACAAGGACAUGCAAUAUAAUGAUACUAACAUAUUAUUAUUGACAAAAAUUUAAAAAGUCAAUGUGAGUGCUCUUAAAAAUAUAAUAAUACAGAUUAAUAAGGACUAGGCAUGCAAUGCAGUGUAAUUAUACUAUAUGAAAUCACAUUAUGAAUGUAUAUAGAGUUGUUUAUAAACAGUUGAAGUGUUAGUAUUUCCUGUGUAUAUAUAACUCCACGUGCGGAGUCCCCUUGCCUGACAUAAUUUAUGUUUAAUGCCAUUUCGUAAAGCCUCCAACCUUUCUCAGAAGCUGCACUUACUACUGGAAAUCUCCCUCUUAAUAGCAGUUUCCCUUUGAACUUUCUUUAAAAAUCUGCUGAAAUGUCCCAACAUGACCCCAAGCCAUUAAAGGAUGACUGCGGUCAGAGUGCCCCUUAUUACACAGGCUUGCAGGCAAACCUUAACAAAAUAAACAAAAUUAAUAUUUACAGCAAGCACAUUUAUCACUACAGACCAGCUAUGAAUUAAUCAUCAGUAACAAGAAGAAAAAAAAACAAUUUAUAUAUGUUAAGUGAAAAGGCAGGUCCUAUGUAAAGAAAAGACACAGUCAGGAUUAUUGACUAAACUGAGAAUGGAAUUCAAGGUGAAUUUCAAAUUUAAGGCCAAAGUAGCCGUACUGGAAGUAUGGAUGACUUGGAGAAUUCUUUCUACUUCGACUACUGAUACCUUAAAGUUGAAAUUCACUGUCAAUUCUAGAUAAUGGGCAUUUUUAUUAAUAACCCUAUUAAACUGAGUUUUGUGAAUAUUGCAAAUUGUACUACAAAAUAGUCAAAUUAUAUAUAUUUUUCAGCUCACUGAGUUAUUAUUCCAGUUGGGCUAUUUUAACCUAUAAUUUGCAUUUCACUGGUCUGCUCCUGACACUCCCUGGUUUAUCCAAUAACCGUGUUUGAGUUACUGUAACAUGUGUCAUGUUUAAAGAAAAAAGAUCAUGGACUAUUUUCUAAUUACAUUUCAUUACUCUUUUCCAAUUCCCUUUGACUUAUCAGGCUCACUAAAACUCACAUUGCUCAAUCAAAGUAGGAAUAAGGUUGCCCCAGGGCUCUAGAUAGGAUGCCAGAAUGAGGCCUUCAAGAGCCUGUUCUGAGCAUGGUGGCUGAGUGUUGUAAGUGUGUGGAGGAGACCGAGCGCUGUAUGUUGGGGAGGAGGGUAAGUGUGCCUGUAUGUGUUGGUUGAGUGUUGUGCGUGUUCAUUUUGUGUGUGGAGGAGUCUAUGCAUUAUGUGUGUGUGCACAUGGGUGUGUAGGAGAGUUUGGGUUUAGCUGUUUUGUUGGUGUGUGUAGUGCAUGUUAGAGGGGAAAGUGCUCUUUUGCCCACUCCUGCUUAUCUUUUGCAAGGAGUGAGGUGUUCUGACUGGAUCAUUGGUGGAUUAGUGGAGGGUGAGCUGGGGAGCAGGAUUCCUGGUGGUCCAGUGGGGGAGAGUUGUGGCCUCAAUAUUGUGUGAAGAUUACUUGAAGAGUUACCUUGCGGUUUUACUGCUCUGUGAAUGAGUUAUUGAGAAGUGCCGGUAGGCCGCAAAGUAGCUCAGGCAGAUCUUUUGCUGGUUCAAUGAAGGACUCUUCAUAGCUAGCAUCAAAGCUCCAGGCCCAGACAGGGGCCCACUGGGCCAAAGUCACCCUACGCGAAAUCUGGCUCUGUGCUCAGUUAUAAUCUGCAACAAAUACUGCUACCCAGUUUAUCUUUCUUACCUACUCCUCCUCUCAAACCUCAACCCUCUGCCUUUCCUUACAUUGGAACCCUAUGCCCUUCAAGAUCCAAUUAAAAUUACUGACAGUAAAAUAUAAACCCUCAGUAAUUCCACCACUCGUUACGUUUCCACUCUAAAUCCCUUUCUUCCUCACUCUUCUCUGCAUCCAACCUUCCCCUGUUCUCUGUUAGCAUCCAUUUUUCUAAAACUUACCUACAGGCCUUUUUGGGGCAGCAAGAGUUACAUUGCCCUGAAAGAUUGUCCUUUAGAGCGCAGUUUUUAAAUUCUUGUCUUUAGAAUUAGGCUUGCAGGACUUCUUGCAGGUGGGUCCCUUCCUGUGGACUAGCCUGCCUACCACAAUCAGACUCUCCCCUAGUCUUCAAUCGUUUAAGAAGUGCCUUAAAACCCAUCUCUUUAGGAAAGAUUAUGGCCUUCCAGUGUAACCUCUACCUUACAUACCUGUCUCUUGCUCUCUCCUAAAGUACAGCAUUGUACUCUCUCCUCCAGCUCUGCUUCACUCACACCAUAUUUGAUUGAUAUUUCCUGUCCUAAUGUGUUUUAUACCCCGCCUCCAAAUACUGUAAGCUCAUUUGAGCAGGCUACUCUUCAACCUAUCGUUCCUGUAAGUUUUCUUGUAAUUGUCCUAUUUAUAUAAUAUACAUCCAUCAGCUAACCACUGAGAGCUUCUGGUAGGGAGGAGGUGUGGAGUGGGCCUGUAGGACCCCAGGUAAAGGUCAAACUGUUAAUAAACAGAUUGACUUUUGACAUUGGGGGUCAUGAUGGUACUCAUGGGCACCAUAACCACUACAGAAUGCUGCAUUGGUUAUGGUGCUUGGGUGUUCCUUUAAUAAUGCUUCCACAGUUUAUUUCACUCCUGCUUUUCAACUCUACAGCUCUUGAACUCACUUACUUUUUUGUAUCACAAGACUAAAUAGGUAACUGAUAUCUCUGGCAAACUCCCCUCCCCUCAGACACAUUGUUCUUCCUUUUGAUUUCUUUCCCCCCAACUUCCUCGUAGAUUGUUUGCUUGUUUGAGCAGGACACGCAUCAACUGCUGUUUCUGUUUAUUUAAUAUGUCUGUCAAUGAAUUGCUGUUUUGUAUCACCAUUGUAAAUUCCAGAGUGCGAUGAAAUAUAAUAUAAUAAAUAUAUAAAUAAGUAAAUAAUAAAAUAUAAGAACUACAAGUUAAAGGCUGAAUGGGAUGGAUGCAGGUUCCUUUUCAGCCUACGCAACUAUGUUUCAUAUCUGGUUAAUUCCUUGCACUCUGCAACAAACAUAUAAACAAAGCAAACACGAAGAUUUACUGCUGCAUUUGGGCACACCAACUUCAGCAAGUAGGCUUGUCUACUAUGAUAAGGCACCCCAGAUGGAAUGAGGCCUAGUCAAACAUUCUAUGUUUCCAAGAAGGACAGAGUGCAGCAGAAACCAUUUUUACAUAACAAUGCUGCAAAGUCAGUUCAAGUGAGAGUCUGUGAUAAAUUCAACAAAGACAAAAGGGGCAUUACCAAAACCAAUAAACAAAGUGAACAAAUACAUGGGUAGAUAUCCCAGACAGGAUGGGACUUUCACAAUUUAAAGGACCACUAUAGGCACCCAGACCACUUCAGCUUAAUGAAGUGGUCUGGGUGCCAGGUCCAGCUAGGGUUAACCCUUUUUUCUAGGGUUAAUCCAGCCUCCAGUGGCUGUCUCUUGACAGCUGCUAGAGGCGCUUGCGUGCUUCUCACUGUGAUUUUCACAGUGAGAAGACGCCAGCGUCCAUAGGAAAGCAUUGUUAAUGCUUUCCUAUGGACUGGUUGAAUGCGCGCGGCUCUUGCCGGUGACGGAAGAAGAGGGAGGAGAGGAGGAGGAGAGCUACCCGCCCGGCGCUGGAGAAAGAGGUAAGUUUAACCCCUUCCUCCCCGUAGAGCCUGGCGGCAGGGGGUCCCUGAGGGUGGGGGCACCCUCAGGGCACUAUAGUGCCAGGAAAACGAGUAUGUUUUCCUGGCACUAUAGUGGUCCUUUAAGACCUGUGUUCCACCAAACUGGGUUAAUCUUUUAAUGUACCAUUAUUAUUAGUAUUCAUGAUCAGGUUCAAAAUUUGUUGUACUGUGUGCUAGGCACAUUACAAGAUGGCUGCCUUGUUGGUAUAAGAUGGCUGCCUGGUUGGUACAAUAUGCAUCAGCAUUGGCAUGCAAGAUUACUGGUCAUAACUCUUUCACAAGUCAGUCCUUAUUCUGGAUUGUGACUUGGGCAAGUUGGAUGUUGUGCAAAAAUGAGGAUUGACUCUUCGGCUUUUUACCUUUUCACAGCCAGAGCAAGAGCUCUUCACUCCUGAUGUUACAUUAAUAUAGCAUUAUGCAUGUUUCAAAUCAAGACAAAAUACCCUAAUUGCCUUAUUAGUAUAUGUUAAUAGCCUUCAUGUUAAAAAGCAACAUGUGUAGUAUAUAUUUAGGUCAAUAUAGCAUAACGUGACAAUAACCCUCCCAUAUUUAAUCAUCUCAACACUGCUUCUGUCACAGGAGCAGGCUCGCAAAGGCAGGUUUAACUUGCAAAUCUGUACAGAUCUGUUUGUGCUGAGCCUCGGGGUUUUAGAAACCUGUAAUUGCCAGGGUGAGAAAAAAAAAAACAUGCAUGAGCUCACAUGUCACAGUUACAAAACACAAUGAAGCUUUUGUAGACUACGAUGAAAGGGUUAACUCAACCCCAACUCCAGAGGUGUCAAAUUGUCUGCAACAGAAAAAUCUGCAUCUUUAUAUAUGCUUUUGUGCAUUCCUUAAUUUCCUUCAGGCCAUGGCUGUCCAACUCUGGCCCUCCAGGUCUCCCAUACAUUUUAAAAAUAAAUCAAAGAAUUAUGUGAUUUUCAGUACCUCUUACAGCAGACGUCAGAAAAUCAUGCUUAGAUAAUCUGAGCAGUGAACUCUUCUUUGUGAUGUCAUCAGAAUCUGUCCAAAAUUGGUCCUAGUGGAUCCAUUUGGCCAAAGUGACACCUAAAUUUUUCCACCCUACCCAGAGUGAAUUGCUGCCCUAGGGCUAAAAUACCACCCCACCCCUUUAUGCAUUACCACAAGUUGGGGGUGGGGGGUUACACAAGGGAGGGCAGCAAUUUCUCCUUGGACCCUGGCAGCAAAAUAUCUUGGGUUGUCCCAAAAUGUCACUUACUGCUAAGUAUAAUGUGGUGUAUUGUAAAGCAUAGAAAGGUAUGCUGGUGUUAUCUAAAUAAUAGUAUUCUAGCUAGUGAACACAAAGUCAGGCCAUGUUCACAGAAGAUGCUUGUAAAUAUUCAUUCAUGUGGAACAAUUAUCUUAUUUUCCUUUACUCUUCCUCUUAUUCUCUCCUGCAAAUUUUGAGUAGGCUGUCUUAAUUCCUCUUAAAUCCGUAAUGGUAAAUAGCAGCUGAAAUCACACUAAGAGGUCAUGAUUUGCCUGAAAUGUAUUAACCACUGCUCAAUGUUUCAGUUAUAUAAGAAAUGAAGAGAUUGAUAGAUGUGUCUUCUAAAAAAGUUGGAUAGGUGCUCCAGAACAGUCCAAUAUGCCUAUUUCUAUGCUGAAACCAUCUAUAAACUGUAGCUGAAAAUAUAACAAAAAUGACACUUUAUAUUCCUAAAGGUCAUUAGAAUUACUUAAAGGAACACUAUAGUCACCAAAACAACUUUAGCUUAAUGAAGCAGUUUUGGUGUAUGGAUCAUGCCCCUGCAGUCUUACAGCUCAAUUUUUUUGCCAUUUGGGAGUUAAAUCACUUUGUUUAUAAACCCUAGUCACACCUCCCUGCAUGUGACUUGCAAAGCCUUCCUAAACACUUCCUGUAAAGAGUCAUCUAAUGUUUAUCCUUGCUUUAUUGCAAGUUCUGUUUAACUUAGAUUUUCGUAUCCCCUGUUAUGUUAAUAGCUUGCUAGACCCUGCAAGAGCCUCCUUAUGCAAUUAACGUUCAAUUUACAGAGCAAGAGAUAAAAUAGUUUAAGAUAAAUUACAUCUGAUGGAAAGUGAAAGCAUUUAUUUAUUUAGUUUUUGUGCAGGCUGUGUCAAUCAGACUUUGCUUUGGUGGAAGACAUCGAGUUUGAUUUGAAGAGCCCGUUUACUACUGUUACUUUGUAAGUGUAUCCAAUAAAGCUACCUUCUUAAUACUAUCCAGUUAUACACUAUGGUCUGUCUUUGUGCUUUGUUUUCUUUUAUGGUAUGUUUUUUUAUUUUACAGUCUGCACUAUUGGUCUCCCUUUGUACUUUUUAGGUUGUGCUUUUUAGUGUGUCAAUCAGAGCCAGGGGAGGUGUGGCAAGGGCUGCAUAAACAGAAACAAAGUGUUUUAACAUAUAAAAGGCAGAGAAUUGAUCAGUGAAACCUGAGAGGCAUGAUCUAUACACUGACACUGCUUCGUUAAGCUAAAGUUGUUUAGGUGACUAUAGUGUUCCUUUAAUGUUUGAAUUAUAUAAAAUAGACAGAUUGAUAGAGACAGAGACACAAAUAGACAAGCAGACCGAUAUAUAGGGAUAUAGGGUGAUAGAUUUCGAGAUAGACAGCUUGAUAGAUUUAUACUGCUAAAUUGUAAGUUCUUUUUUUAUUUUUUCUCUCUGUCAAUAUAACUUUGUAUGCCAAUUUCAUGUCAAAUAUUCCCAUUCUGUAAUUGUAAAGUGUUGCAGAAAAUGUUGAUGCUAUAUAAAUCCUAAUAAUAAUUAUAUACUGAGAGACCGACAGGUAAGCUGGCAGCCAGGUAGGCAGGGAGGUAUACAGGCGGGGAGACUGAUAGAAUGUCAGACAGGCAGAUCCACUAGGACGCCUUAUGGGCUGGCUUUUUGCACUGCUUUUACUUUUUGUAUAUACAGCCAGAUAGGCUGAUACAAAGACAGACAGAUAGAAGGAUAGACAGAACACAGCUAGAUUAACAGAUAGGCAGACAGUCUGAUGGAAAAACAGACAGGCAUAUAUAUUGAUAUACAGUUGUAGUGGCAUUCUAUAUGACAUUAAAUGGCACACCCAGCUAGAUUAAUUUGUACAGUAAAAGGCUCCUUCUUACUUUCUCAAUAACUUGCUGUGGUCAAAGUAGAUUGCAAAAAACAUUAAGCUGAUGGUAUGAAAAGAUAUAGAGAAUAAAUGGCAAACUGCAUCUUAAAAUGUUCAGACCGUACUUUUUAUUCAGUAUUUUGGUGUGCAAAUGAUGUCCAGUAGAACUUACAUCAAAAUCCAUUUUUAAAAAGAUCAGUGAUGCAAACAGGGAUUUCUUUCAUUGCUCACUAUGUUUAAAGGAUCACUCUAAUUACCAGAAACAGUACAAGCCAAUGUUCAAAAGAACCAUGAUGUGCUUAUUCAGACACCCAAGAAGUUACUCGAGAUAGCAAAACUUGGAUGGUUAGGUGCUCCAGAAGCAAUACCUCUAGCAUAUAUUGAAACUGCAGGUGCACAUCCUGGUUGGAUCGGUUGCUGAGAUAACAUAAAUGAGUUAUAUACAUCUUGGUAAUAAUAUAAUUAGUGUGUCAGAACACACUUGUAAAAUUAAUUAACAUUAAAAAUAUCUUUCAUCAUAUCUGUAUAAAUAAAUAUAUGCCUCUGCUCUGUACGCAGAUCUCCAUGUGCUACAAAAUACUUGCAGACCACACCCCCCUCAAAAAUUCUAGACUGGCACUCUGCUGGGCAGAGGACCUGGAAAGCGAGAUUACCCCAAACCAAAGGGAAUUCAUGAUAAAUGCCCCUAAAAACCUGGUUAAAUAGGCCAUGCUCAUUGAGCAGAACCAAAAAAUUAAGUACCGCUGGUACAUGGUGCCAUCUAAAAUCCACCAAAUCUAUCCACAGGCAUCCCGCUUGUGCUGGAGAUGUCUACAAAAAGAGGGAGACAUGUUACACGUGUGGUGGCAAUGCACACCAAUCACAAACCUCUGGAGGAAGGUACAUAAACUACUCCUAGAGGUAACAAACCAAGUGUGGCCCCUACUGCCUAUAACGUUUCCACUUCUGUAUUUGCCAGGCCCUGUUCCCAAGCAUACAAAAAAAAACCUCAUAUUAAAUGUCUUACUGUCAGCACAGAGGCUGAUAGCAAGAGUAUGGAAAACACAAAUAACCCCAACGAUAUCAGCACUAAAGAAAGAGUUAGACAAACAAUGCAUAUAUGAACAGGGCUUGAGAAGCAUCUGACCACCGUCCAAACUUCUGCUUGAAACUUAGAACAUGUGGACCACAUAGAGAUCGAACGUGUCUGUAUCUUGCUCGUGUAUUAAAUGAGAAUAGAUAUAUAGCCUAAAUGUAUAUGCAAAUUGUUGACAAUUUUGUACCACCUAAUAUCUGGCCGUUUUCUCGCACCCAAUCCGGGUAUACGAGAGUGAUGCCGAAUGGCUUCCUGGUAUAUAGAAUGUGAAAAAAGGUCUCCUGUACUAUUGUAAACUAUUACCUGCAAAAAUGCCUUGUGAUGCUUACGUGUAUGAUUCUGUGCAACUGAAGUGCACUUUUACCCCCCCUUCUGUUUCUGUACCCCUUCCUAUGUCUUAUUGUAAAUUAAAAAAAAACUUAAAUAUUAAAUGAAUAUAUAUAUAUAUAUAUAUAUAUAUAUAUAUAUAUAUAUAGGUAGAAAAUUGUGAAAAGCACUCCAGGGACUUCAUAUAAGAUGAAAAAAAAACAAGUUAGCUUUAUUCAGCAACUGCCAAAAGUGAUCAACGUUUCAGCUCACACAUGGAGCUUUCGUCAGGAUACUGAAUAAAGCUAAGUUGUUUUUUUUUUCACCUUAUAUGAAGUCCCUGGAGUGCUUUUCACAAUUUUCUACCUAUUACUAAUGCCGACAAGCACCGGGCUCAGUGGCGUACAUACCAGGGUCGCAGGGGUCGCGGCUGCGACCGGGCCCGACCCACCAGGGGGCCCGGCCGCCCCUGCGACCCGGUAUGUAGCCACAGGGCCAGCCUCUUCCCCUGAGGGGCCCAGGAGCCGGCCACCCCAGGGCCCCCCGAGGCUGGCCCUGCUAACCCGGGCGGGUGGGUGGCCGGUCGGGCAGGCGGGCACGCGAGGGAGCACUCAGUGCUUCCUCUUUAGCUCCCUCGCGCACCGAUACCGGAGCCGGAAGAUGACGUCAUCUUCCGGCGCCGACAUCCCUACGCGGCGCGCGAGGGAGCUGAAGAGGAAGCACUGAGUGCUCCCUUGCGCGCUCGCCUGCCCGACCGGCCACCCGCCCAGGAGCCCAGCAGCACCACUGGACCUCAGGGAAUCCCCCCCAGCACUCCAAAAGGUAAGGAGGCUGGGGGGAUUACAUUUAAAAAAAAAAUGUGUGUUUGUGUGUUAGUAUAUGUGUGUUAGUGUGUGUAUUUGUGUGUGUGUUAGUGUAUGUUAGUGUUAGUGUGUGUGUGUGUUAGUGUAUGUUAGUGUUAGUGUGUGUGUGUUUGUGUGUUAGUGUGUGUUAAUGUAUGUGUGUAUGUGUGUGUUAGUUUGUGUGUGUUAGUGUAUGUGUUUGUGUGUUAGUGUAUGUGUGUGUUAGUGUAUGUUAGUGUUAGUGUGUGUGUGUGUAUGUGUGUGUUAGUGUAUGUGUGUAUUAGUGUAUGUGUGUUAGUGUGUGUGUGUUAGUGUGUGUGUGUUAGUGUAUGUGUGUGUUAGUGUAUGUGUGUUGGUGUAUGUGUGUUGGUGUGUGUGUGUUUGUGUGUUAGUGUAUGUGUGUUAGUGUGUGUGUGUUAGUGUAUGUGUGUGGUAGUGUAUGUGUGUGGUAGUGUGUGUGUGUUAGUGUGUGUGUGUGUUUGUGUGUGUGUUUGUGUGUUAGUGUAUGUGUGUUAGUGUAUGUGUGUGGUAGUGUAUGUGCGUGGUAGUGUAUGUGUGUGGUAGUGUGUGUGUGUGUGUGUUUGUGUGUGUGUGUGUUUGUGUGUGUGUGUGUGUGUGUGUUUGUGUGUUAGUGUGUGUGUUAGUGUUUGUUUGUGUGAGUGUGUGUCAGUGAGUGUGUCUGUUAUUGGGUGUGUGUCUGCUAGUGAGUGUGUUACUGCGUGUGUCUGUUACUGUGUGUGUUUGAUGUCUGUUAGUGAGUGUGUGUUUGUCAGUGAAAGUGUAUGUUUUGUAAGUGAGUGUGUAUGUAUGUCAGUAAAUGUGUGUGUCUGUUAGCUAGCAUGUAUGCGUCAGUUCGUGAGAAUGUGUGUGUGUGUCUUCAGCAUUUACCUUUUUCCAGCGUCGGACUCCCUUGGCGCUGGGGAUCCCUCUGCCUCUCAGCUCCGAAUGCACAUGCGCGGCAAAAGGCGCGCGUGCGCAUUUAAACCGCCCAUAGGAAAGCAUUACUCAAUGCUUUCCUAUGGACGUUCAGUGUCUUCUCACUGUGAUUUUCACAGUGAGAAUCGCGGAAGCUCCUCUCGCAACUGUCAAUGAGACAGCCACCAGAGGCUGGAUUAACCCUCAGUGAAACAUAGCCGUUUCUCUGAAACUGCUAUGUUUUCAGCUGCAGGGUUAAAACUAGAGGGACCUGGCACCCAGACCACUUCAUUGAGCUGAUGUGAUCUGGGUGUCUGUAGUGGUCCUUUAAGUGUGUGUGCAUACCGCGGUCGCGGAUCAAUUUUCGCACCGGGGCCCCAUGGGUCAUGUGUACGCCCCUGACCGGGCUAUAUACAUUAUUAUACAGGAGUGCAAGCAUUGGACAAUAUUAUAUAUAUAUAUAUAUAUAUAUAUAUCUUUCAUGAUGAAAUCUUGUUAUACCAUUAUUAUUUAACAUUUUAGAAAAUAGAAAAUGAAUGUUUUUAUUAGAAAUGUUAAUGUUACCAUACCCUAUUCAUAAUAGCGUUGGGCUUUGGGGUUGAGGUUGCUAGUGGCAAAAUUUUGAGCAAUACUGAAUCAAGGAAACAUUGUCCGAAUGGGUCUAGCAAUCCUUCAAACCACCAUGAACACCUUUGCUAGACUGAUUUUUGCUCCCUGCUCUGCCAUUGCCUCUAUAGUUCUUCUAGAAUGAAAAAUAAAAAAAACCUGACCCAAGUCAUCAUAACCCUUACUAAGACUCAUCUUCUCUUUUAUCACUUUCUCACACGUGUUUACUGCAGGACUUUCCCUAUGCUGCACCAAACCUCUGAAAUUCCUUACCUGAUCUGUUUUAUACACAUCUCUUAAAUCCCACCAUUUCCAAAAAGAAUACUUUCUACCUAUUUAAUAAUCCGGCACAUUGAUUCCCAAAGUGAUCAAAUCCCUCAUCCGUCAUGCCCUUAGCCUUUGAAAAAAAAUCUAAGUGGUUAUGGUGCCUGGAGUGUGUGGGCGUGUGUUCCCACAUAACUACUAAACAGUUACUCACCUGUAGAAAGAUUACAUAGCCUGAAGUCCGGCCUCAAAUGACGGUAUGUCAGAGAUCUGCUUCCACCUCGUGCCACACCAAUUCAUACCAUGGACGCUUCCAAGCUAUCACUGCCCGCUACUCCUGGAAUGGCAUGAAUCGUAAUCAUCAUUUAUUCAGAACCAUAAAAUUAUUCAAAUUGGUUUUUUUCACAUCAACUUGAACGCUAUACCCCAUAAUGACAAAGCUAAAAAAAAUAUUUUUGACACCACUGAAAAUAUAUUAAACAGAAACAUGAGAUUCACCCUUAACUCAAUGCUUAGUUGAAGCACAUUACAGUCACAAGACGUUUUGUUUAUAAUACGACAAAGUUUUGGACACCUGGAUUUGGGUAGUUUCUGCUAUUUAUCUCUGCAGAUCCUCUCAAGCUCUAUCAGGUUGGAGGGGCACUGUCAGUGUACGGCCAUUUUCAGUCUCUCCAGAGCUGUUCAACUGGGUUCCAGUUCGGGCUCUGGCUGGCUGGGCGUCUCAAGGAUAUUGACAGAGUUGAUCCUAGGGCAUUCUUGCAUUGCCUUGGCUGUGGGCUUAUUUUCAUUAGGGUGCAUGAUUGUGUACAUUGUGUUAUUAGAGUCACUGUUCUUUUGAAGGGUAACCUUUGGGCAAGUCUGACACCCGGAAUGCUCUGGACAGCUCUUAUGACAUUUAGUUAAAGUGGUUAUGGUUCCUGGAGUUUGUAUGUGCAGUGCUUUGCUAUGAGAAAUGGGAUUCAUCGGAGCUAAAUUUCACAUUAUAGCAAAUGGUCUAUCUAGUAAUGUCAAUGUUUUAUUUCAGAAUUUUCUGUAGAUUAGAGUGGAAAAAACAUGAACUUAAUUGUAGCAUAAGGCUGCAACAUAAAAAUGUGAAAAAACAAACAAACAAAGGGGUCUGAAUAUUUUUGGAAUGUUCUAUAUAUGCUGUAUCUGAUCUCUUGAGGCUUUCUCCAGAAUGGAACAUAUUUUUUAAGAUGUUCCCCAUUAUGAAAUGGUUUAUAUCUAAGCAUUGUUAGACUGUGCUGUAAAAACUGUCAGAAGUAAAUUACUUAAUUUACUUAUAAAUCUCCACUGUACACUGCUGUGAAAGUUUUCUAACUUCAUUGGAGGGUUCUGCAUUAUAAUUCCCAGAUUUUACUAUUAACAUGACGUAAAGUCAUGAUUUUAUUAAUGACACGGAGGCGAGUAUUAUGCUAUCUCUUUCUUACUUUAUUCCUCAGCAGCAAAGAGAAAUAUAAAACUGAAAGAGAAAAAUGUAGAUAUGCAAUAAUAAUAAUAACAGGUACAACCAGAUCUGCCUAGUAACAGGGCAGCCAAUCAGUCUCUAGGAACAGUCCAUAAAUCUCUAUCCUUGUACUUCCACUUCCUCUUCUUUGCCUUCCGAACCGAAGACCCAAAGCAAAAUAUCCAAGCAGUAACUAAGAAACGUCAAACCGGUAGACAUCAACAGACCGGAAUCAAGCUGUAAAACAAAGAAAUAUGUGGUAAACUCCAAACUUAGGAACUGAGUGCAACAUAUCGAAUAUACGUGACCUGCAAAUAGAGAGCAUCAUACUCAAAUCCAUGUACAUAUGUCACACUCUACAACACCAUAUACUCAAUACAAGUAACACAUGUGCACUUACCGUGAGAUAAGACGAACCCCCCGAUUGAACCCUAAGCGAAAAACCAGACCCCGACCCACGGGAGGGUGGGUGGGAAUAAUACUCGCCUCCGUGUCAUUAAUAAAAUCAUGACUUUACGUCAUGUUAAUAGUAAAAUCUGGGAAUUUUAUUAAUGACACGGAGGCUCCUAUUAUGCUAGUUUAAAGCUGAGCCACAACCAAUGAAGAAACAUGUUCAAUCGGGCAGAAGUAAAAAUCACGGAACGUAGAUUCCUUAGACCAAUCUGCCGCUUUCAAGAUAUCGUCCAGGCGACAUCCUAUCGUAGAAGCCUUUGAUGCCAUGGCACCCCUAACUGAAUGAGCCGAAAAAACCGAAGUAUCGAUACCCGCAGCAGAAAGGAGAUCUUUAACCCAGCGGGUAAGCGUCGGCGACGAGACCGGUAGAAACGGUGCUUUCAAGGAAAUAAAGAGUGGAGGCAAGUCAGUUGACCUCAGCAGCCGGGUACGAUCCAAAUAAACCUGGAGACAAGCCACAGGACACAAAGCAGGUCUGAUGGAGCAUCUAGGGUAGUCCACCGUCUUGGAAGCCGACUUAGUCCUCCUCGAGAUAUUAAACGACACACCUCCGGGGGUGAACGAGACCGCGUUCCAGUCCAGAGCCCUGACGUCCGACACCCUCUUACACGAAAGUAGACACAGGAGCAUGACCAGUUUCCAUGAUAACUGCUUGAGUGUCAAGUCCUCAUAGCCAACAAGUACUGUCUCUUUAAAUCUGAUAUAGGAGCAGAGCAAAAUCUGUAAAGGCUUAAAUAAAACUAACAGAUGACAGAAACAUAAACCUAUACAGGAGAAAAAAGGGGGUUGAGUAACCCACCAGAACAAACUACAUAUACAAUACUUGCAACAGUAUGGGAGGGAGAAGGGAGCCGACCCAGCCGCGUGGAGAAACGAGGGGAAGAUGGCCGCCGCGUGCAGAGCGCGCCGCGGCCGUUUCCAGGCUCCUCCCCCGCUAGUGAACGGGGAGCGCGACCACACACGCGGCCGGCACUCCCUCGCACCAGCGGGAGAUCGGGUCGGCCGAUAAGUGCGGCCGCACAUGCGGCCGCGAGGGAAAGGGAGCCGGGGAGCACAGGGCUCCAGAGAGAAACCUCCCCUGCUAGCCGCGAACCCUGUCUGAAAGGGGAACGGUCAGACAGACAGGGGGAGCGGCGGCAAACGCAGGGGAGGUAAAUAGGGAACCAAAGGAGGCACCCAAGUAUAAAAGCACAUAAGGCUUGCCAAAAAGGCACAUAAAAGCCAGCAAACAAACAGACAAUUGAUAAUAUAAGACAACACAGUUAAUAAAAAACCUUAGCAAAAGCCAUCAAUCAAAACAAUGUAGGAGAGAAAAAUUAUACUUAGCUGGUCUGAGGACAGCAGCAAAGAAAGAGGAAGUGGAAGUACAAGGAUAGAGAUUUAUGGACUGUUCCUAGAGACUGAUUGGCUGCCCUGUUACUAGGCAGAUCUGGUUGUACCUGUUAUUAUUAUUAUUGCAUAUCUACAUUUUUCUCUUUCAGUUUUAUAUUUCUCUUUGCUGCUGAGGAAUAAAGUAAGAAAGAGAUAGCAUAAUAGGAGCCUCCGUGUCAUUAAUAAAAUCCUUUCAACCAGAGCAAUAAAUGCCAAUGUACAUUCUCAGGAAAGUUGCUACUGUUACAGAAUGGAAGAAAUGACUCCCACAAUGUAGGCUUGGCCCUGAUCCUAAGUUACAAGAGUAUAAGAAGUUUGAACGAACUUGCAGAUCUACAAGUGUCCCAUAGAAUUGAGAUCCCUCUAGUUUUCAUAUAAGUACAAAGGACAAAAAAUUUGGACAGGGAAAUAUUGUAACAUAAAAAUAGAAUAUAUUUAUUAAUUUAUUUAGGCAAUGUUUAAAGGGACACUAUAGUCACCAGUGCAACUACAUGUAUUCCUGACCCUAUAGUGUUAACACGACCAUCUAGCCCCCCUGGGCACCUCAUGCCUCCAUAAAUAUAGUAAAAAUCUUAUGUAUUCAAGCCAGAAGCUGUAAAUCUGCAUGCUGUUAGACUCAGGAAAAACAAGCAGUCUGCUGACAUGUGGUAGCCUGAUCCAAUCACAGUGCUUCCCCAUAGGAUUGGCUGAGACUGACAGGGAGGCAGAUCAGGGGCAGAGCCAGCAUGAUUCAAACACAGCGCUGGCCAAUCAGCAUCUCCUCACAGAGAUUAAUUGAAUCAAUGAAUCUCUAUGAGGAAAGUUCAGUGUCUGCAUGCAGUGGGAGGAGAUACUGAAUCACAGGAUGCUCGUGCACAGCAGAUCUGAGUGAAUGGAGGCAUUCAACUCAGAGGUCCCUCUGGUUCACUCUGAGUGACUGCAACUGGAGGUGUUCCUAGCUUUCAAUGUAAACACUGUAUUUUCUCAGAAAAUACAGUGUUUACAUGAGAAAGGCUGCAGGGAGCUAUAGUUCUCCUGAACAAGCUCAUUAAGCUGAAGUUGUUCAGGUGACUAUAGUGUCCCUUUAACCAAGAAGAGUACAUUGAAAUUUCUAUUGUUUUCCAGCAUGUCCUGGUAUGUGUAAACCAUACAAUAAACACUACAAUAAAAUAAAAGUAAACUCUAUUUUUAUCUGCUGCAUUGAAGUAUGGAUUCCAAGUGCAAAUUGGGCCAAGGGCUGUUUUUAUUAUUAUUUAUUUAUGCUGCACCAACAUAUUCAACAGAAACGUAUAAUAGCUUGACAACCACCCAAUGAAUAUUACAUAAAAUAAAAAUAGAGCUUAUGGUCCUAUAAAUUUGGUGUUAGGAGCAGUCAGUACUGCUAUUUUUAAAAUGCAAGAUCAUGUAUGGAAAAAAAUAUUUCAUCACAUCGGAGUUUGUUCUUUUAUAGUUUUCUAGGCCCAAUUAAUUCUAGCUUUAGUCACAUGACACACAAAAGGAGUAUAAUUUCUAUUGCAUUGUCAUUAUCUUUGUUUGGCAUUUUAAGCGGCUGAGUGCAUGUUAGGAGAAAAGCACUUUAAAUUUUUUUUAUAAAUUGUGUAGACUAACUUAGGGAAAAUAACACAUAUUGUAAAAAAAAAAAAAAAAGCAUUCUAUGGAAUAGGAAACUAUGAGAUCAUUAAUAAAAAAAAUCCAUAAAACACAAUUAAUUUCCAGGCUCUAUAAAACCUAAAAAUGAUCAUUCAUGGCUCAUAAAUGCCUACUAGAGUAUGAAAAGUCUGCAUUUUAAAAUGUAUUCCAAAAGUCUGACCAGUUUCUUGCAGUCUAGAUUCCUUUGUCAUUAAUGUAACAAAGUAGAUAUUUGAAAAGCAUAUUAAAGGACAGUCCAGAUCUCUAAAGCCCUUUAGCUUGCUAAAAAGCUGUUUGUGUGAAAAGUGUGUCCCCUUUUUUCAUAUUGCAAAAAGUGCAUUUUUCAAUAAAAAUUGACACUUUUAUAAAUUAACCUGGUUACACCCCACUAGCUGUCAAUCAUACAACAGGUGGUGGUACUUCCUGGUUGUCUAGCUCAGUGGAACUAAACUCAAGAGGCAGCAAUUGUCCAGAGCACAUGCUGUGUAAAGAAUUCUCAUUGAGCUGCAUUGUAAAGUCUGUGAUUGGACAGCCACAGAAAGCCUGUGCAAGGUUAGAAGGGAAGCGUUUGUAAAGGCUGCAGACAAGAGAACUGCAGGUUUUACAAGCGGUUUUUAGAUAUAUCCCCAAUGAAAAAAAUGCAUAAUUAAAUGCAUGUAAGUUUUCGCUAAACAUUGAUUUUAUUUAUUUUGUAUUUAGACAGUGGAGUGCUCCUUUAAAUCAAAGUGGAUUAUUCAUAUUGCUGUCAUUUUACACUUAUCCCAAUGCACUACUUCUUUUUUAAACUUUCCUAUAUGUGGAUAACACCCAAAAAUCAUCUCUUUCCUGGUCUUUGUAAUGUUUCAUAUUUCACGCUAUCAACUUCCUCACAGAUGUUCCACUACUAUCUAAAACACAUAUCUCUAGAAUGAAACAAAUUAGCUUCCCUCCUCUCCGCAUCCACCUCUUUACCAAACUGUCAAUCACAAUGUAACAGUGUUACUUUCUACACCUCUGCUUCCUCCACCUAAGACAUUAAGCUCAAUCUAUUAAUUUUGUACGAACAAAUCAACCUUAAUUCCCUCCCACAUCAUCUCACAUAAAUGACUCAGUUCUACUCAAUGAAAACUCAGCUGCCCAAAUAAUUUUCCUCACUCAUAGUUCCUGUUCUACUGCUCACUCUUUAAACUGGCUUCCAAUCUCCAUCAAGCUCGCAGGCCAGCUAGUUUAGCACAUUGUAUAAAAGGGCUGUAAAUGCUAGAUCAGAGCUCAUGAGCAGAGUUUUAUACCUAUGCCUAUUGUAUUGGUUUGUCUAUACUGAACUGUAUACAUUGGCACUUUAUAAAUACCAAUAAUAAUACAGUGGAACCUCGGCACUCAAACUUAAUACGCUGCCGAAGGCUGUUCGAGUCCCGAAGGGUUCGAGAACUGAAUCAACAUUUCCCAUAAGAAUUAAUGUAAAAUUGAUUAAUCCAUUCCAGACCCCAAAAUUACAGCAUUUUACAUUUAUAUGUAUGCAUUAAAAAUGCAGAGAUUACUAAUAAGCACCUUACAUUUAUUUGAGUGGUUCCUGCCUUUCAACUUGCUAAAAAUGUACUGUUGGCCAUUAUUACAAUUAUUUAUAAUAUUUGUUUGACUUAAAAAUGAGACAUGGCUCUUUGUUGUAAGUUCGGGUACUGAAGAUCGUUUGCAUAUUGAGACAUUUGGCUCUUUGUUGUAUGUUCGGGUACCGAAGAUUGUUCUCGUUAGAAGUCAUUUCUUACUCUAAAUUUUGUUCGACUUCAGAAUUGUUUGAGAACGGGACCAUUCGAGUUCCGAGGUUCCACUGUAAUCAAAAAUAAAAUAUAAAUUUUAUCUGCCAUAAUUACCAAGUCCAAUCACCACUCAGCUAUCUCUAAUAGGUCUACCCUUAUUGCUAUAUAAUUCCCAAUGUGGCCCUCUGUUCUUCUAAUGGUUUAAGAUGGACUCUCUUUUUUUCUGAAACCAUUUUUCCCAUUUAAAUGAAUAUCUCCAAGUUAUUCCACUAUUGGGAUUCAAUAAGCAGGAACUUGCUUUUCUUUCUUCCCACAACAAUUUCAAAUGUUACCUCAACACUCAUCUCUCUAAACAUUCUGGCCAUUCAUCAAAUUAAUAUAAGCCCUUGUGUAACCAGGAUACUGAUUUUAUACAAUAAUAAAUGGCCAAACCACAGAUUCCCAUGUUGAUUAGAACAUCUUCCAUGAUGAUUUGCCAGCCUUCCUAAAAACAUUUAUCUAGUUUCCACCAUGACACUAUGCAGAGCACCCUUCUCUGCACCUUGUAUUUCGCAUCUUCCAUUUCAUUUAAUUAUUAUUUCGUUUUUCUUGUGCCAAAAUAUACCGUAGUGUUGUUGGUAAACUAACCUUACAGGUCAUAGUGGCAAAACAAGUUAGGAAAUAGGAACAGGGCCUUGCUCAAAUGAGUUUACCAUUUGUUACAGCUCUCAGAACCACUGCCUACAUCAAAUUGAGUUAUUGUAUCAAGCACUCUGCAGUUUGUUGGUGCUUUAUAAAUAAUAUAUUUAACCCCUUCAUGACAGAUGGUCUGUCAGAACUCUCAUAAUCUGUACCUAAUCUCCAUGUCCUAAAGGGGUUUGCAAAAUACAAAAAAAAAGGGUAUGUUUAUUUUGUAGGUUUUAUAAAGUAAAACAGAAAGUUAUUUUUUUGCCGUGUAUCAGAUAACUAAGCCACAAUUCCACUUCACACCACAAAAACUGCAACUGUGGAGAGCCAAACUUAUCUUUCAAUGUAUAUAUGAAAGUAUGUGGCUUUUAUAGAUGUGUGUAAUACACUUCCUGACAUAAAUAUAGUAAGCCUGCAAAUAAUGUGCUCACACAUCUAAGAGUAAACACACAGAAGCCUUUGAGGUGGGCAUGGUGUAUAUCUGUGCAUACACAUAGCUCAAGAUAUACACGUAGCCUGUGCACACACAGCCUUGAUAUGAAUGUGCAUACACAGGCAGCAUACUGCUUGCCCUGGGCAGGGCAAGCUCUGCCUCCUCUACAGGAUUGGGAGACAGACACACCCAGCUGGGCUCAUUCUGCCUGUAUAGCAACCCAACCCUGUUAGAAGAGAAUCACUUAGCUCUCUGCUUCUACAAGGCAGUACAGAGCCCGCUGGCUCCCUGCAUUCACUGUGCCAGAAUAGGACCACACAGGUAAACACCUAAUCUCAAACUCAGAAUUCUCUCUAAACUCUCCUUGUAUGCUGCCUGUAAUAGCAGUAGGAAUGCAUUGGACUUUAGUUAUGUUUUUUCAUAGCUGUCUUUAUUAGUUCUGGCUGGAAGAAAAACUUUGUUUCUGACUCAUGCAUGUUGUCCUGGCUGUACAAAGGUGUGGCUUUAUAUACUUUCUAUGUAUGUCAUGCAGCGCUUUGGUUAUGUAUAUGUGAGGUUAUAAGAGUAUAUUCUGUAUUUAAUAUACAGCGUUGGUAUUUUAUUUUUGCUUUGUAGAUUAUUUUUGAUAUAUUCACUUGUGGAAAGUUUAUGAAAGAAUGUGAUCCCUAAAUUCUUCCAGUUUAUAUAUAGAUAUUUUGUAACACCACUACUGUGUGUGCUCUUCACUUCAUACUUGUCUUGCAUAAAAAUCAUGUGAGCUGGAUAUUCCUUGAGUGAUAUAUAUGAACAACUUUCUUCCAGUGUAUUUUAUUAAUGUGUAUAUAGUUAGCAUGUCUGCAGACUAUUCCUUGUGGAAUUCGUUGAUUGUACUUCGUUCCAUACAUAAUUCGACAUAUAUAUAUAUUGUAUGUGCAAAUGAUCUAUUUCCCCAUCAGUUACGUCGUCUAGUAAUUUUUGCAUUCUAUUAUGUAUGAAGAUUAUAUAUUGCGAUCAUGCUCUGUAAAUUGGUAUUCCAUGCACUGUAUGUAAACACAGUUUCACUCUACAUUGUAUGUAUACAUUCUCUCACUCCCUCUAUUUUGUGUGUCUGUGUGUGUAUGUAUAUACCAACUUUCGCUCUUUGCAUUAUUGCUGAAGUUUGGUUUAGAUGAGAAGAUUCUCCCUGGCUAUUACAAUACUGGGGUCUGAGUUACGGGCACCACACCCUCCACUACUGGAGUUUCACUUUAUUUGAUUUUAUUUCUUUCGUUAUUUAUUUUGGGGGUGGGUGGGGUGUUGCUGAAUUUAAGUAUAUGGCAAUGUGAUAGAACAGCCACAAAAUUAAAGAAACCCCCCUCAAAGUGGGGACUGUGCACCAUCUACUAUUUUAUAUGUAUAUGUUCGAUCUGAUCUCUUAGUGAAUGGCUUUUAUUAUUAUUACUUUUUAAUGAUUAUUCGUUUAAUAGAUUUUCAUGUUCAUGAGUAGCUUGCAUGUAUGUGGAGUAAAGUUCUGUAUACGUAUACUAGGACAAGCUAAACCUGUUGUUGUUGUUGUUGUUGUCGUCGUCGUCACAUGGUUGGUCAUGAAGGGGGUUAAUAAAAUGCUUGAAAUUGUGCUUAGAGCGUGUAUGCAGUUGUGUUAAAGGAGACCCUUUGUACUUUGAGCGUCAUUAACAGUUCAAUGCAUAGAUUUGAUAAUAAGAGUAAUGUGUAUAGGUACAUAUUUGUUUUAAUGUAUUUACACGUGCUUGUUAUUGCGGAUUAUGGAAUAUAAAGUUUGUGUGUAUGUGCUCCUGCUGUCUGUGAUUUGCAGCUUAUUAUUCAGAAAGUGUGUGCAAAAUAAUAGUUUAUUAAUGUAGAUAAUGUAGUGUUCUGUGGAGCUUAGUUUAUGCUCUGGGAGGGGCUCACACGUUGCUUCUGAUUGGUAGAACUUUCCUCACCAAAUUCUGGGUCUGAAUGAGAGGAGAGCAGUGAUCAUGAGGGUGUGGUGGCUAUUUUGUCAAAAUGUCUAAUAUGAGCUGCAGGAGCUCAGAAGUUUUUCACUUGAGCCUGGAGGAUUUCUCAACUAGUUUUGUAACAGGUUUAGAGACCAGGAGGAGAUUUAACUUGAGACGUAAACCUGUUCUGCUAGACAAGAAAUCCCAAGAAGGCUUGGUUUAUGAAGAUAAACUGAGUAGUGCUUCUUAAAUGUGAAAUGUACCUUACCCAGCACAGGGAAAUGUUUGGGAGUAGAUCAGAUUUGGUUUAAUCUUGGAAGUGGAGUUUGGAAAAUGUCUCAGUAUGGAAUGUGGAGGUUUUUGUUUUGUUAAUCAAACCCACACAGGUCAUAAAUGACACUUAAUGUAGGGCAUGCUGGUAUGGAUAGAAGGUUAACACCACCAACAUUCCAAAAGAAAUCCUCAAGCUAGUGCAAGUACUAUGGAAUCUUGGUACAUAUGGGACUUUUGCAAACUGUGUUGAGUAUAUUUUGCGUGCAAAUAUGUUAUUUUCCUUCAUACGUGCUCAGGUUCUCUGGUUAUGUGUUGCUCUGCUCUGUGUAUUAUUGCUCUGUAUAUUACUGUGCUCUGGGUGUGUCUGGAAGUCCUGGCCUCUAUCCAGAAUCCUUCAGGAAUGUUGGUUUGGGAGCAGAAUGACUAACAGCGGUUCCUGCUCAGAGAGAGGGGGGAACACAGGGGGAACUAGGAGGAGGGGCAGCAGGAAUUUACUAAGGGAAAGCACUCUACACCAGAGCACGUGUUUGCAAUAUACAAAAGUAUGUGCACUCCAAACCAGAUAAGAACUCACAGAAUGCCUAUAAACAUGGAGAUUUAGUCACAUGGUAUGGGCCAUACAGUACCAGUGCUCCAUGUUUCCAUGUAGGUUAUUCUACUUACCUGAGACAUUUAGACCCAUGAUUUAAAUACCUAUAGAGACCUUAUUGAAAUGUAAGGUUUUUGUUGGAAAUAAUUGAGGAGGAACCCUAGGUGAACCUCGAAGUUAACACAGUAAAUAGAAAAUGAUAACUGAUUGACAAGGGGUUGCUAAAGUGUGUUGUAAUCCUUCAAUGACACUUAAAAUGUCUUCUGGCCAUCAGACAAUGUUAUCAAGAUGUUGAUUGCUCUGGGUGGAGGGGCAAUUUAACAAAGCUAUCACUUCUCAUCUCUUUCAUGUGUAGGAAUUCAGGGCUUGUUUCUACUACCUGUGAUAAGUUGAUCUCUCACCUCCCCCUUUUAAACUUCAAUAGAAAUUGAGAACAGAACUGCAGGACAAGUUUUCACACAUCAUAAUAACCCAACCCUUUCCUUUUUUCGGAAUGGAAGGCACUCCUAAAAUUGACAAGGUUUCUGAUAUAUGUCUUUAGAGGCCAUACACUAGAAAACACAUGGGAAUAUAUUGCACAGGGGCAAGUGCAUGUGAUUGGCUUCCAGUAGAGGUGAUUUGUAGCCAUAAUACAUCUUCAUUUCUGACCUUUUCAACUUCGGGAUUGACGCACUAGAUAAACCGGUCAUUUCUCGCCUGUUUAUAAGCCAAAUCUUAUGUUUCUAUGUAGUUAAUAAACUAUUGUAAACCCUACCAAUGGAGCAUGAUAUAUAAUACUUUGUAUAGAGACUUGAGCCUAAACAAUACAGUCCUUUAUUUUCCGAAUAAGAGUAUAUUGGGCUACACACAGAGUAUAUACAAAGUUUUAUCAGUAAAUAACUAUUUGAAUGCAUUAUCACAUUUACCUCUACUCUUCAAAGGAUUAACUGUUAGCAUGCUUUACACGCCCACAACCACCACCAAAUGGUGACAAGAGAAAUACAUAGGUAAAGAUCCACAGUGAAAAGCUAUGGGUAGCAAAAUGUUAAUUAGGCUUUAAUAAGCAUUAACAUGGAGGAUCUGUUAAUGCUAGGAUCUUAUAAAACCCUACAGAGAGCAGAUUUAUAAGAACAGCCCCUGCCUUCAAAAUGUUUUGACAAAAGCAAAAUAAUCAUAGUUUCCAGAGGGAGCUCUAGUAACUAAAUCGAAAAAUCAAGAUCCUCUGCAGAGUGGUUUUAGGUGCACAGAAAGGAGUGGUUUGCAGAAUACCUCUUUUAUGUAGAUUAAACUUGAUUUGCCAGUUUUUGUGUAUGGAAUCAAAACAUUUUUAAAAGGCUUCAAGCCAAAAAGGCCACACCAGAUCAGUAAUUGAAACCUUACAGGAUUAUUAACUAAACUCUGCAUUUUAACAAAUUAAAUCAGAAUGGCAAAAAUUAAGGCUAAAAUAGCUCAUAUCGAGAAAUUCUUCAACUCCCCUAUUGUUACAGCUUGGCUAUUUUACCUAAGUUUGCUAGUCAGAUCUAAUUUGUUUUUAAUUCCGAGGUUAGAGACUAAAUCCUGCUAAUAAUGCCCAAUAUCAGAGUAUCGCCUUGCAUCCAGCUGUGGACGACUACAAAUCCCAUUAGUGUCAGUCCAUCAUUUUGGCAGUGACGGUAUAGUCCACAUUAGCCGGAGAGCCUAUGGUUUCCAAAUCCCUGUUAAUUUGCCCUGCAGCCCUUAUAGAUCAAGGCUGGUAUGGAAACAAUUGCAGCAUUCUGAGAAAACGAUGAAGGCCUCCCCAGGAAUGUGAGUGUUAAUAUGAAGGCAGAAUGCGAUCAUCCUGGAGAGCCCAGUGACGUGUAAUUUCUACAUCCCUUAAUCAGAUAAUCCUACAGAGGAGGAAGAAGGGGGAGAAUUAGGGUGUGGUUCUUCAAUUUCUGUUCUGAACUUUAAGGGUGUAAUUUGGAGACUGUAUAAUACACUCACAAUGAAUACAUGAAUAAUGUGGCACAAAAGGGACUUUCACAGCUGCACAAAUGUGUGGAAAUAGAUUAUACUUUUUUUUUUUUUUUAAACUAUAAUUUUUUUCACCCUUGAUUUUGAUUUGUGCAAUUUGCGUAAUAAAGGAGGGGUGCAUUGUAUUUUUUUAGAUAUGCUAUAUCUAAAAUAUAGAUGGAAGAGUUAUUAGUAACGCCUGUUUUAUAAAUAGUUUUGUAUCUAAGCAUAGAAUGUACAACAUUAUCUCAAACUUAAUGAACUGGUUUAGGGGUGUAUGACUCAAAUAAUGACAAGUGAUUUUAUUUUCUUGAGCCUUUAGAACAGGCUUCCUCAAACUCCGGCCCUCCAGAUGUUGCUGAACUGCAACUCCAAUGAUUCUAUGAAUGAAAUAGGCUGAGAAUCAUGGGAGUUGUAGUUCAGCAACAUCUGGAGGGCUGGAGUUUGGGGAAGCCUGCUUUAGAAUAUUAAUGCAAGUAUGUAUUUUCUAAUAAUCAGAGCUAGCGAGGUAUAAAAUGUUAAAUUAGUUAUUCAAAGCAGAGGUUGAGGAUCUAAUGACAUCCAAACGUAACCUAAACCUGAUUAGGAGGAGUUUUGGGUCCCCUUAAAUGUUUUUGUUUAGACAUUGUGAGUAAGUGGUUGUGGUACAGUAUUUCUAGUACUUGUUGCACAGUGGUUGUGGUACAGUAGCGCUGGUUAGAGUAUAAGCAGGACAACUGAACCUUUCUUUCCGUGGUCAAUAUAAGUAUUACAAUUGAGUUGGGUAAAAAAUAUCUAAACCCUGCAACACACCCGAAUACCAUUAAAUUUACCCUACUUUGAUACAAUAUUGUGAGAAAUACAAAUCAACUGAUUGGUUCGAACCUAUAGGGUUAAGCUCUGAAGUAUGGCAUCUUUUAAAAUUGGCCUAUUUUUACUAUACAAAAAAGCAAAAGAAGCUGUAUGCCACAUUAAAAAAUAAGAUCCCUUCCCAUCCCAGGUAGUGGUUGGUCUACGUGUGCAUGUCUUUCUCAAAUAGCUAAUCAUUUGUUAUGGUAUUGUUUGUAAAUUUACACACAAUAAGUGACUGAAUAAAUAAACUACUUAGUCACAUAAUAUUUAUGGCAGAAAUCUGGGCUAUCUGUAGUGUCUUAUCGUCUAUGACCACAAUAGGUCAUUCAAUAAUAGGUGGAUUAAGAAUGCAAUAUAGGAAUUGAGAUAACGUUACCAUAUCACUAAUAUUAUGCUCAUGAGGUAUGGACACGGUGUAAGUCUGCAUUAGCAAACACCUGCACUGGGCUGAUCUCGGUGAGGGAACCAAAUCUGCACUUCUUUUCCCUUUGUGAAAUCUAUAGAAGCAUGGUUUUCUUAACAUUUAUUUCAGGUCAUUCAAACUAGUCUAAUUGAGCUAACCAAACAUUGAGUGUCCAAAGUAGUGAAAAGAUCAAUGCAUUUUGUAUAUUAUAUACACUACUUAAUUACUUCCAGGGUAUCAAUGCUCAUAAAACUGGUGCCACCAUCAUUACAGGGUGCAAGCCUUUUGAGUGAAAACCAUCACCCAACAUGGUUAAGGAUUCCACAAAAAUAGUUUAGAACAUAAGUGGUUUCCAUUACCAUGGAAAGCAGUUUGACAACUUUGUAAACAAUUAAUAACGCCAUGCUGGGCUUACGUAUGUGAUGUUAUUGUCUUUUCAAAUGUGCAAAUGUCUAGCUCAAGAAUUUGAUAAGUAAACUCCAGCUGCUACUUCAUGUCCAGCUACACGACUUCCAUACAAAAAAAAAAAAAAAAGCAAAACACACACACACACAACAGAACGUUAAAUGUAAUAUCCUAAUAUUACAUCAAAUUCAAACGUGGAUUUGUAAUCCCCCCCACCCCCAUUUUAGCUGCAGUGGAAACUGUAUGCGAAUAUGCCCUGCAGUAAGGGUAUAUAGGGUACCUUAAUUUUGCUGAAGGAUUGGUAAAAUUGGUUUCCUUGCAGAGGUGGUUUGGAUGUAAAUGGCAGACCUUCCAAGAACACGCAGCAGCUUUCCUGAGAAGGAAACACAAUUGUAAGAGAGAGUACAUUUUAGAUCAUAGUUAAGAAUAGACAUCUAAUAUGCAUACUUCUUAACUGCCAUAAAAGUAUUUCUGCGUUUGAAGAACCCCAGGCAAGCCAGAACGUGGAGCUGUGUGAAUAGGUUGAAUCUAUUGCCUCAGUCUAUAAAAUAUCAGGUGUAUAUGUGUGUGUGCAGCAUGCAUACUAUGACUAAAAGUGCUGUAGAAGUGACUCGGCCAUCCUGUAACUCUCCAGCUGUUGUACUGUUGCAGGUCACAUGAUCAGCGUUUUAUAGCAGCUGGAGAGUUACUGCUUGCUUGUCCCUCAUUAUGAAACACAAAGGAAUCUCUAAGACUCUUGUAAGUAACAAUCUGCCCAUUCACACUAGAAUUAUGGACUGGAAUUCUAAAACCUGAGACUCCAGUUCUGAGACUUACACACGUCACAUAUAUGAAGGCAGAUUUUCCAGUGUGUCCAUUAAAACGCAAAUGGCUUUUUCUACAAUACACAGUGAGGUGAGGUGAAAUUAUUUGGAGCUAGGAAGCUCAAAACCACUAUUUUGUUGAGAUCAUGCUAGCUGAGAGCCAAACACGACCUCAGGGGUAGGAGACUUUUGGAAAGCCAAAUGUUGUGGACUACAUCUCCUAUGAUGCUUUGCCAACAUUAUGGCUGUAAGGGUAUUACGGGAGAUGUAGUUCAUCUGGAGUUCCAAAGGUUGCCUACCCCUGCACUACCUGUUGGACACCUCAAACAUGCAGAAUACCCCCCAACUUGCCUAAGACUGUAUGGUGCCCCUAGCAGGUUUUAUUAAUUGUAUAGAGUUUGAAACCACCUUUGCAUGAAAUGAUUGAUUUAAUACACGCAGCAAAUGACAGAACAUGUAUCCAUGACACAAAAUAGACUGAGUCAUACAGCACGGUUCUUUGUGUGUGGUAAAACAAGACUAAUCAAAAUGGCUUCUGUUCUGGAGUUACUGUUGGUUAUACAGCUACAGAACCACAAUACAGACUUCCUGCCACAACACUGGCAAGUUUUAAUGACAAAAAAAAAAAAUCAAGGUGUGCCUGUUUAAAGCAAACAAAUUCUCUGUGUAUUUUAUAACCCAGUUUUUAUGCUGGAAUAGUAGUAUAGAAAGAUGUACACUCUGUCCAGCCUCCUCCGGCAGCAGGCCAAACACAGUCAAGGGUAUCCCUUGCACUUUAAGGGUUUAGAGCAGAUAUCAGCUUAUCAUGUUGCACAUGUUUAUGAAUUACCCAACGCAACAUGCUUCUAAUUCUGGACGGAAUGAUUUACAGAAACAAUUGGCAGUGACCGUUUGCAUAGCAAAGGGUAUGAAGGGAAGGCACAAUCUGUGUGAGUAGAUGGGUAAGGGGAGGGAAAAGAGCAUUUGUCCAUGUUGGGUGGCUGCUGGACUUGAACAAUUGGAGAGAAAUGUUAAAACAAACAAGUAGCUGUAACUUCAUCAUGCAGUGUUAAUAUACUUGUGCUAUGUUAUUACAGUAAUUAUUUCCCUAAACCCAGCCUUUAUAAAUACAUGGUGUUAAAUCUUUAUGGUAUGAGACAUUACAGUGAUUACAUGUAUUUAAAGAGCCUGUACAUAUGUUGCAGAGUACCACCUGUUUAAUAUCCUCUCACAGGUUGCCUGGUGGUAUAGUGAAAACAGUCAGGGGGUUUACUCACUAAACACCAAAGUGUAGUGAAAUAAAACUGAACUGGACAAUUUUACAAAGUGCUGAUUUGGAAACAUCUCAAAUUCUGCUACAGUCAUAGAAGGGCUUAGUCUAAAAUGUACCAAAGCGAUAAUACAAAGUGAAUUUCAAAUUUAAGGCCAGAGUAGCAAAACUGUAAGCAUAGCUGACAUAGAAAAUGUUAAUGCUUAGCGAUUUUGAACUUAAACGCACUUUGAAUUAACGUUUGUUUCUCAUUUUAGUGAUUAACCCUGUAAAUGUUGCAAUUUAGUUCUCAAUUCCUUUAAACCACUAUUUAGUAUCAUAAAUUAAAGGGAUCCUAUAGUGCCAGGAAAACAAAGCCGUUUUCCUGGCACUAUGGGGUCAAUGCUUUCCUAUGGGGAAAAUCUGAUGCUGGAGGUCCUCAUUCAGAGCGUCCAGCAUCAGUUAACGGACCAAAAGUCUGUUUGGAUUCCGGAAGCCCACUAGUGAUAGACAGCCACAGAGGGCAGACUUAGAGUGUUUUCUGGAACUGCAAUGUUUUACAUUGCAGCUCUAGGUGCAAAAGGGACACAGCCAUAGGCGUGCGCACGGGGUGUGCCGGGUGUGCCUGGGCACACCCUAAUCCCCGUGCGCACGCCUAUGGCUUGAGUCCUGCAGGAACAGCGUUCCUGCACUUUUUUUGAGCAGGAACGCUGUUCCUGCAGGCACUCAGCGCCCCCCUGUCUCACCUCUUGCCCCUGUCAUGGGGGAGGGGGGGCAAGAGGUGAUGGAUAACCCCCCCGCCCCGCAGUUCAGCCGCGGCGAGGGAGCUCUCUGCUCUCUGCUGUCUGCUCCCUCUCGCCGCGCGCUGAUGCCGGGAGCCGGAAUAUGACGUCAUAUUCCGGCUCCCAGCUCCAGCAGACAGCCCGCGCGGCGAGAGGGAGCAGACAGCAGAGAGCUCCCUCGCCGCGGCUGAACUGGAGAAAGGCGCCCGCCCCCACUGGACCCCAGGGACAAGUCCACCAGCACUCCAGGUAGGAGGCUGGGUGGACAUUUAAAAAAAAAAAUAUAUAUAUAAUAAUGUGUGUGUGUGAGUAUGUGUGUGUGUCAGUGUGUGUGUGUCUGUGAGUGUGUGUGUGUGUGUGUUUCUGUGAGUGUGUGUGUGUUUCUGUGAGUGUGUGUCUGUGAGUAUGUAUGUGUCUGUGAGUGUGUGUCUGAGUAUGUGUGUGUGUCAGUGUGUGUGUGUCUGUGAGUAUGUGUGUGUGAGUGUGUGUUUCUGUGAGUGUGUGUGUGUUUCUGUGAGUAUGUAUGUGUGUGUGAGUGUGUGUCUGUGAGUGUGUGUCUGAGUAUGUGUGUGUGUCAGUGUGUGUGUCAGUGUGUGUGUGUGUCUGUGAGUAUGUGUGUGUCAGUGUGUGUCUGUGUGUGUGUGUGUUUCUGUGAGUGUGUGUGUGUUUCUGUGAGUGUGUGUGUGUUUCUGUGAGUGUGUGUCUGUGAGUAUGUAUGUGUGUGUGUCAGUGUGUGUGUGAGUGUGUGUCUGUGAGUGUAUGUGUGUGUCUGUCAGUGUGUGUGUGUGUACAUAUAUACACAUAUAUAUAUAUAUACAUAUAUAUAUAUAUACACACAUACACACGCAGAGCCGGCGCUAUCUGAGUGCCGGCUCUGCUCUAAGCCUUCAUGGGCCGGCGGGGAGACCAAAGAUCUACCUCACCGGCCCACAGCAGCUUGGAGGGAGGCAGUAGAGGACCCAGGGAGCUCUAGACAGAAGCUCCGCCAGGUUCCUCUCGCGAUAUCUGAGCGUUGCUGUGGCAACGCUCAGAUCUCGCGAGAGUUAACUCUAGCCCCGCAGGCUAGAGUUCACUCUCCACUGGACCACCAGGGAUGGCACAUGGCAGCAAGGAUUUACUAAUCUGCCAAAUCCCUCCAAACAUACAGUACACACACAUACAGCACCUACACACAUACAGCUCACACACACACAGUACACUAACCGCACCCUCACAAACACACACAGCACCUUUAAAAAAAACACAACACCCUCACACACAGCACACUAACAGCACCCUCACAAAUAGCACCCUCACAGGACAAACAUACACACACAAACACCCUCACACACAAACAGCACAGUCACAAACACGCACCCUCACACACACAUAACACUAACAGCACACACAGCAGUGUGUGUGUGUGUGUGUUUAUAUAUAUAUAUAUAUAUAGAGAGAGAGAGAGAGAGAGAGAGAGAUAGCGAGAGAGAGAUAGCGAGAGAGAGAGAGAGAGAGAGAGAGAGAGAGAGAGAGAGAGACACAUACACACACACGCGCGUGGCGUGUGUUUGUGCUUUAGGGUGCACACCCUAAUGCAAUUGGCUGCGCACGCCUAUGGACACAGCACCCAGUCUACUUCAAUGAGCUGAAGUGGUCUGGGUGCCUACAGUGUUAAAGGUGCCCACCUUUAACUAGUAAAGUUAAAAUAUAAAGGAAAAAUAUAGUGCUAGGAAAACAAAAGUUGUAUAGUGCCCUGCUUCCUUGCACAACUCUCCACCCCUCCCCCCCCUUUUGGUGCUGAAGGGGGUUAAAAACUCCUUUAUCACUUACCUGAUUCCACCGCAGAUGUCCCUAGGCGCUGGGUCAGGUUCCUCCUCUGCCAUCAUCAUUGUAUGAUGUUUGAUCCUAUGGGGUUUUGGGUGAAACUGGAUGUCCUCAUGAUUACAUGCAGCAUCAGUUAGGCAACCAAGUCUCCUAACCACCCAGAAGUCCCUCUAGUGGCUGUCUGGUAGACAGCCACUAGAGGUGGAGUUAACUCUGCAAGGUAAUUAUAGCAGUUUAUUAAAAACUGCAUUAAUUACAAUUGCAAGAUUAAGGGGACAGGGAACCUGCACCCAGACCACUUCAAUGAGCUGAAGUGGUCUGGGUGCCCAUAGUGUUCCUUUGAAAGGGAUAGUUCUCCAAUUCAACUUUGUUUCAUGCUCUGUUAUUUUGGACUAACAUUUUUAACUUAAUUGGUCAGCCCUUGGUUUAGGGAAUAGUCAUUAUUGCAUUUUUCAGAUACAAAACUUUAAACCAGAUUUGCAAAUUUAGAUUUAAAAUAUGGCUUCUGGGUACAGCGGAUGCAGGAGAAUUUUUCCAGAUCCACCUAUAUUUUGCAAUUUUGUCUUUCAAUUCACGGUAGUUUAGUUUUAGUGAAUAAAUCCCUUUAUGAUUCAUUUGUAAGACCUAGCUUAUUUUAUGCAGAGUAGAGAAUGAGUGGACCUGGAAAAUGUGUGUACAACAGGAGUGCUGAUAAAUGAGCAUGAUAAGCUAUCUAUAUCGCUCUGUAUCACUGUUGAGUGUAUUUAUAUUUGACUUUUACAAAUAUUAACACACCUUCCUGACACCCUGCUGACCCACACCCUCAAUGUGUGCUCUGUACAGACACAUCCACCAGUACUCUGAAUGCAUAUGUGCUGCACAUUGUGUCUAGGCAUGUCUUAAAAUAGUAUUAAUAUGCACUGUGCUACAGGCUUUAUGCAGAGCUGUGUGUAUCCAUUUUAAGAACAGUGUGUUGCUUAUAAAUAGUUGGCUAGGAAUGAGUUGUGCGAUGUGGUUCUAGCCAAGAAGCUAAGGAAUAUCAAUUUUGGAGUGGUGGGAUGUAAGGACGGUAUUUAAUAAAAAUCACACAACUGCAUAUACUCAUCACAAAAUGGAUGCUCGGAAAAACGUAUAGUUAAGCUUCCAUUGCCGUUUAAUGAACAAAACAGACUGUUUCGGUGCACAGUGUGCGCCAAAUGUUGGACUUGAUUUUCCAGAUUAUUUUUUUUGGACAGAAACUAAGGAGAAACAUAAUCCAUGAGCUAAUGCAUCACCAAUGGAUACCACUUUAUGAGUGUAGAUAUGCAAAUAACGACAAUACAUCCUGUUUUGGUUACUUGCCAAUGUUUUGUUUUUUUCCUUUCCUUUACCAAUUCCUUUCAUUUCUCAGUAGCAAUGCAGGAUCCUAAUGAAUUGCAUCUAUAGAGACACCAUGGUUCAUAUCCGUAUUUGACAGGGAUUUUGCAGUUUUUAACUGUUAGCCUUGGUUAUAGACAUAGGCGUGCGCAGCCUAUUGUAUAAGGGUGUGCACCCUAAAGCAGAAACACACACGCCACGUGUGUAUAUAUAUAUAUAUAUAUAUAUAUAUAUAUAUAUAUAUAUAUAUAGCCCCACAGGGGGCUAGAGUUCAUUCUCCACUGGACCACCAGGGAAGGCAGGAGCACAGUCCCCCCUCCCUACAUAAUGUAAGAAGGGAAGGGGGAUAUUAACUAAACGGCCCCCACACAUUACACACAGACAUACAGCACACACAUACAUCACCCUUACACACAGCAUACACACACUAACAGCACCCUCACACUAACACCCUCACACAUACACACCCAGCACACAGUAACAGUAUCCUUACACACACAGCACCCUUAUACAUACACACACUAGCAGCACCCUUACACACAGCACCCUUACACGCACACAACAAACACUAACAACACCCUUACACUAACACCCUCACACAUGCACACACUAACAGCACCCUUACACACAUCACCCUCACACACACAGCACCCUUGCACACACUAACAUCACCCUUACACACACAGCACCCUCACCCACACACACAAAGCACACACUAACAGCACCCUUACACACACAGCGCCCUCACCCACACACACAAAGCACACACUAACAGCACCCUUACACAUGCACACACUAACAGCACCCUUACACACACAGCACCUUCACACACACAGCGCGCCCACACACACAGCACCUUCACACACAGAACCUACACAGAGACACAGCACUUACACACAGCACCCUCACACACACAGCAGUGUGUGUGUGUGUGUGUAUGUAUGUAUGUGUGUGUAUGUGUGUGUAUGUGUGUAUAUAUAUAUAUAUAUGCGGCGUGUGUGUUUCUGCUUUAGGGUGCACACCCUUAUACAAUAGGCUGCGCACGCCUAUGUUGGCACCCCUACCUUAUAGCAUUCUUUACCUCUGAGACAACUCAUUUUUGUUUUAACAACCUAAACUUGUUUAUGACAAUGUUUUUUUUCCCUCUCUUGGAAUGCCUAGAAGGCUGUUGGGAGUGCAUUAGUGUAAAUGUGUUACACAGGGGAGUGAAGGAAUUCCCAGUCUAUAUCCAGAGGUACAGCACACUCACAAAGAUGACCCUGGGUUAAAAUGUGCUACUUCCCACUCCUCGAUCACCACACCCUUUUCUGAAAUUCCAACUAUCUCCAUUCACAGGAAUCAGGGAGGUGAUCUGUUUGUUGUCUUUUUUUCGGGGGUGAAUUCUCUGUUAUUUAACCUUUUUUUUUUUUUCUCUCUCUUGCUUGAAACCAUACCCAGUUGAUUUCAGUAUUUGCUAAAUGUGAUAUAACUAAAUAAAUGUGUGUAUUCUCACCCAAAUUAACCUAUUCCUGGGAAGUUUGGAGAUGGAAUCGUAGACCUUUUGAAUAUUUGGGCUUUUCUUGUAGGUUGCCUUUAAAAUAUAUGUCCCUUGGCUCUCAGUUAAGUAAUGCAACUAAAGAAGACUUUAACUGUCACUUAUGGUCAGAUAAUUCCUAUAAAUAGCUGAUUUAGUAAAAUUAUCCAAUUCGGCUAAAAUUCCACUCACAUUUAAUUUUGCAUUUAGAGUUUAGUAACUAGCCCUACCCUUAUCAAUCCCUGAAAAGGUGAGGGAAAUCAGGACUCGCCUGAAUCUUUAAUUAUUUCAUUCUGUAUCGAAAAAUAUGUUUCACACCUUGUCCAAAGUCUUGAUUUUUUUUUCUUUUUCUUCUUUACAAGUAUCUGUGAUUGAGUUUUGUUUGACGUUGAAAAUAAACCAGUUCUUUAUUUUACUGACAUGCACAAAUUUUGAGUUUUAUGUAAAUCAUAUAAUUUUUUUUAAAAUUAUACAAUAAUUUAAAAAGCAUGUUAUCGGAACAUCUGUAGAACCUAUAUCAAAAAAGACUGCAACUGUGCAUGUUAUUUAUUGGUAAAUUCAAGCAGGGGGGGAAUUGUCAGAUUAAAUUUCUAGGACAGUAUGGCUGAGCUAAAAAGAGAUAUUUUUUUUCUCUCUCUCUCUUCUAUUUGCCUGCUAUAGCUUACAAUUUGACAUUUAGAUUGAAUUCCUGACAAAUCACAUUUUAGCUGAUAACACUUUUGAAGGGUUCCUCUUUAAUGCAAUUCUUACGAUGAUUACCCAGUUCUUCAUUUGCUGGGGAUCAGUGUGUGUGUGUCAUUCCGCAAGGCCCUACUGGCAUAGCAUGCAUGGGUGUGGUUGCAGGAAGAGAGAUUUUAAUAAGUUCCUUUCUCUGUUCCCACAAACUGGCUUUAGUGACUGCAGACCACAGAUGAAGCGAAAACUCCCAUCAUCUUUGUAGUCUGACAACCACAACUCCCAAUAUCCUAGUAAAAUAGAUUAUCUGAGUCUAAAGGGCUAUUCCCUGUACCUUGAAUUGUGUCGAAUUAAAAUUCAAAUGACAAAAAAAAAUGGUCAAGCUGUUACUAUAAUGGAGCCGGAUAACAUUUCUAGAUGACCUAUUUUUGUUUUUGUUCUUGUUCUUUACUUAACCUAAAUUUUUUCCCCAGUGGGAUUUCAAUUUGAUAUAAGUCACAGUUUAGUGAAUAACCCCUCUUAUAGCAAGGAGAAUAACACUGCAUGCUAGCAGAGGGGAACCUCUCCCAUCGUGCAUCGGGGGAGUAGUAUUUGAACACAGCUGGAGUUGUUUGAAAAUACCAAAGAGUGUCUUAGCAACUGCAGUUUUGUGUGUGCGUGUAUGAGUGUAUAUUUGGUUGUGCGUAUAGGUUGUGUACCAGGGAUUUUUCUUGUGUGCAUGUUACAAAAUUGAGCACUAAAUCCCUGUUUAUCUCCCCCAGAGUGCAUAUAUUGUAAAGGGGACAUUUUGUGUCUGCACUGGAACAUUUCAUCCACAUCUGGAAAACAUUUUGCUUAGGGUCACACAGCAGGAACCUCCCCCUCCUUAUAUGUGCUCCAGGGGUCAGGAAGCCCCCCCCAUCUCCCUGCUCCUAUCAUAUUUAACCCAUAUGUACACAGACAUUAUUCCCCAAUACCUGUGUUUGUUAGCUGUAUAAUUGUGUCCGAGAAUGGUAUAUGCAUAUGUGUGUGUCUAUCUAAAUGUAUGUAAUACAAUUGUAGUUUGCUACUCUUUUUGCAGUGAAUCCAUUGCUUAUUUUGUAUCUCUAGGUGUGUCAAGCGUCAGCUCUUUAUUUAUUUGUAUUUCUUGUGUUGCUACAAAGUGUUACCAAGUUACAUGGGGACGUUUAAACAAAAUUCUGUUGCAAAAACAUGCCUAAACAUCAGAGUUCAUUUUCUGAUCAUUAAAAGGGAUCCAGUGCUUGUACAAAGCAGUGAAGUAUGCAAUACAAUACUCAGACCUCAAGCAUUAAAUGAGUUUUUAAAAGAAAAAAAAAGUUAGGAUACAAUUUUCGCCUUGCACCCACUUUUCUCUAGUAGCUAAUGUAGCUAAAGAGAAGAUCUUGUAGUAGAUUUUACACCAAACAGUUAACUAAAUCAAUCACAGCAAACCCACACAUUCUUUUUUUUCAGAGAAAACCAGAACCACAUAAUUCAGACAGUUGUCAUAUUAUCUGUAACCAUAACAGAGAACACUGACGCAGGCAAGUUACAAUGUAGUAUUUCCCCUACAUGAAAACAGAUUAAGAUUUUGUGUUACUCGCUCUAUGAGGGGGAUAGCCCAGCACCGGGAUUUAACCCCACCAAUGCCUUGAUUUCAGGAUUAUUCUACCUGAUAUUUUAACUUGGAGUUGCGGCAUCGUCUGUGGGUGGGUUCUAUGUCACAUCCACAUAUCUUUUGUUACAUUAGAUUUGUGGAGCUGUGUUUGUGGACACUUUCACUCCAUUCCUACUUGCCAUAGACUGGCCUUUGAUUCCCCAGCUUUCUAUAUAGAGCAACUCCGGUGAUGCAUGGCCAUCAUGUGGUUGUCCCACCUGUAUAGAGUUUUUUGUGCCACUAUUAUUUUUGCUGAGCAGACAGAAAAGUGCAAUCCCUAUUCCAGACACUGCAAUUUCCCAUUGUUAAUUAGUGUUGUAAUUAUAGCUCCCCAGACUGCUAGUUUAUUUAACCCUCUGGCUGCCAGCCCAUAAUCCAUGGCUUUGUGAUGCACAUGCCCUAGCCUGCCCUCAUAAUGCCCUAAUGAACAGGGUGGUUUCCAGGGUUGGGUCAGAACUUUGCUCUCUUUGCCUUACAGCUGCCCCACCUAUCUAUCUCCUUGGUAUCACCUCAGGAAUGUUGUUCUCCUGGUUGUGGAUUAAACAUAAAUAAGUGAGAAUUGUCUGCUUUGGGUCUUAGCUGCAAGGAUCCAAUGUGACUUCCCAUCAUUCCAUGAUCCAACACAAAAAUAUACCUCCCAAGUGUCUCUAAUUAGGAUGGACAAGUCCCUAUUUUGGACCCAAAUCCUCUUUUGUCUCCUAAUGUCCCUCUUUUCUAAGAGUGACAUGUUGUUGGGCCUUAACAAUCUCACAGUAAUAUGUCUUUAAACUACAAUAAAUGCAUUUAGCAAUUAGUCUAUGUAAAUAAGAUACAUUGUUAUUUUUUAGUGACAUACAUUAUUAGUAAAUCUCCUUAAAUUCCCUAAAUUUCUCAGAACAGUCCGCCCCUGACCACACCCUUAAAAUUAAGGUGUCCUAUUUUGUCCAUGUGAAAUGCAAGGAGGUAAGCAAACAUAGGACUAAGAAAAUGACACAAAACUCUAUAAAAGUAUAAAACGUUAUUUGCACAUUGUCCUGUCAACUGUGUUGAACCAUUAAAGGACCACUAUAGGCACCCAGACCACUUCAGCGCAAUGAAGUGGUCUGGGUGCCAGGUCCCCCUAGUUUUAACUGUGCAGCUGUAAACAUAGCAGUUUCAGGGAAACUGCUAUGUUUACUUUGAGGGUUAAUCCAGCCUCUAGUGGCUGUUUCCCUGACAGCCACUAGAGGCCGCUUCUGCGAUUCUCAGUGUGAAAAUCACACUGAGAUGACGCUGGACGUCAAUAGGAAAGCAUUGAGUAAUGCUUUCCUAUGGGCGGUUUGAAUGCGCAUUCGGAGCUGACGUAGGGGGAGGAGAGGUCACCAGAGCCGAGGGAGCUCGGUGCUGGAUUAAGGUAAGUGGCUGAAGGGGUUUUAACACCUUUAGCCCAGCGGGAGGGGGGCCCUGAAGGAAGGGGGACCUAAUAGCCCUAUACUGCCAAGAAAACGAGUUUGUUUUCCUGGCAGUAUAGUGCUCCUUUAAUCUGUAUAUAACUCCAUGAAUUCAUAAACCUAUUAAAGGGACACUGUAGGCACCCAGACCACUUCAGACUAGACAGCCACUAGUGGGCUAGACUAGACAGCCACUUGAGGGUUUCCUAGAUUGAAACGGUCCUUUGGUCCGUUAACUGAUGGUGUACGUCCUCACGCUCUGCAUGAGGACAUCCAGCUUCAUAUUUCCCCCCCUAGGAAAGCAAUGAUUCAAUGCUAAUGUGCCCAUGGCAUUUGCUACGCAUGCACACUAGCUCCCGCUUGUCGCGGGGGACGUUGGAGGGGGGCAAAGCGUCGACCCAGCAGAGGGACAUCAGCACUGGUAUCAUUUAUGUAAAUAAAGGGGCUUUAUUUUAUUUUUUUCGGUUGAGUAGGCAUCCAUGUUUAGAAGUAAUUUAGGUUAGGAACAUCCUAAAUACUGUCCAAGUCUCCCACAUACAAUCACCAGAAAGAGCUCUAGGUUCAUAGUUGCAUUGAAAAAGUCAUCACACAAUUUGCCAUUUUUUUUUUAGUACAUUUGUUUGGAGUUAAAGCAGUUUUGCAUUCUAUAAACUGUAUGACUAAUGGGACUAGACUGCUAUAGGAUAUUCCAUAUUUUAUGUGCAAAGAUCUCAAAGUGUGUAUGUGUGUGCGUACUCUACAAAUUGAAGGAAAUAAUUUGUGUAUUUAACACUCAUUAGGGACACCCAUAUAUCUGUGCAUGGGUCACAGGCCAAUUCAUUGUGAAAUUUUCCUGAAAGUAUAUGUCACAAGCUGGUCUUUCUGUUUGACACUAGUUCACCGAAAUCCCUCCCCUGUUUAUUUGUGACAGUGUCUGACUGAGGGAGCCCCUCUUCACCGUGCUUGACUCUUAAUGUCUCUUGGACAUAUAAUCCCUGGUGCCCCUGUGCCCUGACACAUGUGACAAAGAUGAAAAUAGCGUCAAAACAUUCCAUGUAAACAUUCCAUCUCUCAUAUUACCUGGAAUUCUGCUCCAACAUUCAAACGAGACUCUUACACAACCCGAGACUCUUACAGUGUUUUUUUUCCCCCCUCUUUCCCUCUCUCCUGCGGUCAAGGCUCUAGCUGCAGAUUUUCACAAUAAAAAUAGCUUAAUCUAUUUCAAUUACACAGAAAGUAGACAUAAUUUAAAAAUUUUGUUUGUUUUGCGCAAUAUGAAAUGGCACUGGUAUCACAAGUGAUUGUACAAAAUUAGAAGGCCAGUGUUUUUUUCAGCCUGCAGAAAAAAUAAUGUAAAAUAUCUUCCGACGUAUGUUCUAGAAAUGAACGUUGCAAAGUUCUCAUACCAAGAUUCAACUUGUAAGACUGCAAACUUGUUCGAGCAGGGUUCGUGUCGCCUCACAUGUAUGAUAUAAAUACUCAUAUUUUUUAUUUGCCCACUGUACAGAGUGUUGGCACUUUAUAAAAUAAUAAUAGGUUAUACAAGUUGAUACAACAUUUAAAACAUUAACCCUUAGGUAGUCUUGCACACAGGUUCCAAGCGAUUUAUAAACUUUUAAUAGCUAAUUGUAAAAUACCUCUUUAAAAGGACUCUAAGAUGGAGUUGACUGUAUAUAUUUUUAUUGCCAUAUAGAAAUAUUGCAUUCAUAACAAAAUAAAACUUAAAGCUUGAAAGAUGUAUAUCUGUGAAUUUCCAUUAUUUACUGCAAAUCUGUAACUUCUACAAGGCUAGGGAGUGGCUGAGUUUUCAUAGACAAUCCUUGGUUUUGCUUUUUGUCAAAUAACAGUGCUGUGCAUAUAUCACAUAAUUAACUGGGAUAUUCAUCUCAGGGAUUGUAAGUAGAUUCAUUCAUUUAAAAAAACAAAAACUAAAUUAGUUUUCUCUUUCAACUAACCUAGGUAUUAUUUAGGUUCAUUUGUUUGUUUUUUUUUGUUUGUUUUUUGAUCAGUUAAUCAUCUUGUACCCUGACAUGUACAUAGAAACUGAAGAUUUUACAUUGAAACUAUAAGUUUGUAACUAUUAUUUUACAAAUGGUAUAUGGCUUAUGUGGUCAGAAAGUACAGUAGCUUCUUUCUGAAGUCACUGGGUGGGGUGGGCGAAUAGAUGCAAUGAUUUUUGCACAUCACUGCAUUAGUAAUGAAUUAAAUGAAGGAAAACACCAAGUAGCAUAGGUUUUGCUGCUUAAAUCAACAUUAGCAUCCUCUUAAACUGUACUUGUGUGUAUGUAUGUGUGUGUGUGUGUAUGUAUCUAUGUAUGUGUGUGUAUAUAUAUAUAUUAUUAUUAUUAUUAUUGCCAUUUAUAUAGCGCCAACAGAUUCCGUAGCGCUUUACAAUAUUUUGAGAGGGGGGAGAAUAGUGAAAAUAGUGAAUUGAAAAAGACCUGGCAGGGUCGAAACAUCGAUCGAUUUCUAUAUGCAUCCUAUUGAUUAAUAAAGCACUAUUUUCACUAUUUUGAAGACCUGCGAGUGCAUCCCGUUUUUUUAUCUAUUCUACAUAUUGGACGAUUGUGGAUACAGCACCCAGGCAAGAUUUUUCUUUCAUCUUAUAUUGGAAGGAGAGUGCCAAGCUUCUAUUGCUAUUAAAUAUAUAUAUAUAUAUAUAUAUAUAUAUAUAUAUAUAUAUAUAUAUAUAUAUAAACACACACACACACACACACGUUAAUCGUUUUACUAAAGUCUUAGUUUGGUGGGACAGAACCAAUAAUGAUCCCUCUGCGCCUCCUUUCUAUGAUACCUACUGUCCCUCUUUUUUAGGAACUCCAUAUUGUUGGUGUGUCUGAGUGUAUAACAGAGCUCCACAGCAAUAAUACUCCCAGUAAUGUGUCUUUAAACUACAAUACAUUUUUUUAGAAUUUAUCUUGUUCUAAAUUACAUUUUAGUUACAUAAAGUGCUAAUAGUAAGUCACCAAAAUUUUCUCAGAGCCGCCACACCCCCACCAACGUCCCUCUUUUUCCAUUUGGAAUGCUGGAUGCACAGAUCUAUUUUAUAUUAGUUAUAGUUAUAUUGAAGACGAUAAAAAAAAAAAAAAUUGAAAACACAAUGUUUGCUGUAGCCCAACCUUGUAAAAUAAGGCAUUGGUGAGCAGUUCUGUAAAUAAAGUCAUUAGGUAUAUAUAUUUUUUAGAUUUUAACGCUAUGGAAUGGACAGGUAGGAGUAACAGGUGUUGCUUCUUAAAAAAAUACAUGUAUCAAAGAUGAUAUCUGGGUUAUGAACUGUAGGUGAUAAAGCCAAGGAAAAGUAAAAAUGAUGAAGCAGUUCAGUUUAUUCUGGGGCUAUUUAUAAGAAGCAAAGGAUCUUCCAGAAAUCCCUCUUAGAAAUGAAGGGGAGCAAUGAGAAGAGAGGUGAGCAGUGAAAAAGAAAAACAGACUACUUAAAAGAAGUCAUUGGCACUAAAGCUGGUAAAUACAUCAUUAUGCCUUCCUGUUUCUGUCUAAGACUAUAGUUGCCAAAUGAUGGCUAACCACGGCGCCAUAGAUAUACCAAUGUUUGUGGAAUAAAAUUGCCAUGAUGCUAAGCAAGGUUAUCCGUCAACGUCCAUGCCCAGGCAUAGGCAACCUUCGGCACUCCAGAUGUUUUGGACUACAACUCCCAUGAUGCUUUGCCAGCAUUAUGGGUGUAAGAGCAUUAUGGGAGAUGUAGUCCAAAACAUCUGGAGUGCCAAAGGGUGCCUAUCCCUGUCCUAGCCAUUAUAGCAGCCCCUAUUAUUUCUUAUUACUGGGAAAACUAUUAAAACUCUAUUAAACAGGGUAGGGCAAAAUUCAGAGUAGGGUUUGAGGAGUCAAUAACAUUUUUAUUAAUGUACCACUUUCAAUGAUUUCACAUACAACGAAUACUUAACAUAUGGAGAUUAGUUUCAAUAGAUACGGAAGAUGACAUAUUUUAGAUGAGCUCCAUUUGUUGAGCUGUUUCAAUUGCAUUGUUCAUAACACUAGUUAAUGUUUGACACUGUACUGCUCAAAUGCUUUUACUCCUUGUUCCUUUGUGAAAAUUCACAAAUCCCCCAAAAAUAUGUACCUGCAACAAACACAUUUAACUACUAACAAAUAAGUUAUUUAUCUGUCAAAUUCUACUCUGAAUUUUGGCCCAACCUGUACAAAGUACUUGGCUGGGUAGGCCGAGAUCCUUUUUGCAAUCUAAAGGUUAAACUAGCACAAGCCUGGCCAAGGUGCUCCUUAGGUUCAGAGUUUUAUGAAGAAAGGGACUGUCACUCAUUUUCAGACUGGGACGUUUAUACAACUUAAUGGCUGCAUCGUUCUUUCAUCAGAAAUGAUGCAAACCAAGAGGAGCAAGCUUUAAAAUAGUUUGAGUAAUUUUUCAUAAGGGAGUGUUGUGUGUGUGUGUGUGUGUGUAUGUGUGUCUGUGUGUGUAUGUAUAUGUGUGUAUAUAUAUAUAUAUAUAUAGUCGUGACUCAGGCACUCACCAUUAACAAGAGGAACUUUGUAUUAGUAACAACCAGCGUGCCUCCAGCGCAUAUACAAAAGGUAAUAAAUGGAGCACUCCACGUGGAUUUGUAAAAAAAAAAACUAUAUUCAGAUGUAUAAUCAACGUUUCAACCCAACUGGGUCUUUAUCAAGAUCGAUAAAGACCCAGGAGGGUCGAAACGUUGAUUAUACGUCUGAAUAUAGUUUGAAAAAAAUCCACGUGGAGUGCUCCAUUUAUUAAUAUAUAUAUUAUAAUGUGUGUGUAUAUAUGUAUGUGCCUAUACAUAUAACAUUUUGGAAACCUAGAAAGUGCUGAUUUUUAUGAAUACAGAUUUUUCUUUUCUCUUACUAUUUGACUUUUUUUUGCAGAAUGUUUAGAUCUAGUCUUUGAACUAUUUGAAACCUAUGCUUUAGUGGAUAUAAAAAAAUGCAUUUGAAGGGGGUGGAGGUGACGACAAUGGAACAGACAGCAAUCCAUAACGUUUUAGUUGAGGCUCGCUAAGGGAUUGGCCUCUGCUAAUGCCAUGGCAAUGCUGCAUAUGUAAAAAUAUUGAUUUUAUAACUGCAUUCUGGUAAAAAUUCAGUGGAACUUUCUCUGGGGUUGGAAAACUGCUUGAGGGUUUUGGAAUUAUUACUUUCGUACAGGGGAAUAUAAAGAAGAUUUUUAAUCUGAGAAUUUAUUUUCCCUUUUAUUAGAGUAUGGAGGGGGAAGGAGUUUAUCAGCUACAGAUGUUAGAGACGUGUUGGGGGCAGAUUCGCUCCCUUCUUUUUUUCUUUUCUCUUCCCUCUCUCUCUCUGUCUUUGUAAUUGGAGAGGUAUAUGUGGCAUUAUACACGGAUAAACCAGCUCUGCUGGAUCUCACAGCCUCCCCUGCAAGUCUCUGCUUGGCCUCCCUACAUACUUGCACCUCGAAGCCUCUCUGUUCACAGAACACAACAAUUCUGCAUUGUUUGUUAAACUUUGUCAUCUUCAUGCUAUUUUUUUUCAAAAUUUUUUUCUUUAGCGCCAUCAUGAUUUUUAGUCUGACUUGUAAUUCUCUUGCCAAAACAAUUAUUCCCAACAACCAUAUGUCUCACACUUUGCAAAAUGUAUCUGUGGGGUCGGCUUUAGGCAUUCAAUCGCCCUGUUCAAAACGUGGAAGUGUGCCCCACCGGAAAUGUUAAUUUUACCAUUUUUACUGAUUGCGAUAAUUUAAUGUAGUUAGAUGCAAAAGACACAUAAAACAGCCAGUCUAUCGCUGAUACAUGUGUCUAAGAUUGUUAAUGUUAUAAAGGGGCUUUUUAAAAAAAUUACAAAAUAUGGUUUGUGUGGUAUUGGUGCAUGUAACAGUUUCUGUGUGUUAGAUUGUUGUACACAUAUGAAUGUUUCUUUGCGUAACACCAUUCUGCAUUUUAUGAACAGCUUCGGUGUGCCCUACCAGUGAAUGUAAGUCCAUGCUGCACAACUGUGUGUGUUUCAGUGUACUGUUGUAUGAGGUUUUUUAAUCACAAGGUAUGUAGGUGUUCCUGUGUUUGCAAGUGCAAUUAGUUCAUGAGCCCCCAUGUGAUGUAAUGUGCAGUUGUGAACUGCAGUUCCAUUGAUGUUAAGUGAGCUUUAGUUGAACAUUCUAGAAACUGACUGAAGUUCAUAAGAACUGUAAAGGCCAGCCUCACCAGAUGUUUGCUAUUUGCAAUACCCAUGGAUGACCACCACCGUUUAUGGGUUGGCUGAGCAUCAUGAGUAUUGUAUAUCACAUUUUAUAGACCCCCUAGUUAAAAUGUCCUAUAUUCUGUUAUCUGUCCCACUCCCAGUUAACUCUCCCCUUAAUUAUUUCUCUCUAACCUUCUGUCCCCCAGUUAUUGUUCCCUGGCCCUCCCCCUAUCAACUAUCGGUCUCCUACCAUAGUUGUUGUAAUGUUACUGAGCAGUGAUUGCCCAGAUAUGUUUUAUGCAUUCCCUGUAAGCCUUAGAACUUCACAUGACUGGUGGAAGUGCUAUCUGUGGAGGGUGGGACGGCAUGAUGUAAUAUCAAGUCUCUGCCUUUUCACUAUACUACUGCAUUUUGCAGAGAGUACUAUGGCUUAAAGGAAGGCAAAGGCAAAGGCUGUCCCAUAGGCAGCUGGAGAGGUGGGCAUUUGGGCCACUAAUGUCCUCCUUACGGGUUCGUUGUGGUGAUUUCUGAUCUCCAUGGCCAGCCUAUUGCAACAGCACGCCAACACUGUUUGUUUUUUGAGCCAGAAAAUUAUUUGUUGCUUACUUUUGGUUCUUGUUUGCAUGGCAGUGUAAAUGUUAGUGUACAUAAACAUAAAUUGGCAAUCAGAGAAAAGGAAGCAUAUUAUGGAUUGGUGGAAUGGAUGAAGGAUAGAAUCACAGGGGGAGAUCUUUGGGAUAAUUGUGUUGCUCCAACAGAUGACAUGGUUUGUACAGGGAGAAGUGUUUGGGUAUUUUUGCAUGGUACAAAUGGAGGUGUCUCAUGAAUAGUUCCCUUUAAAAACGUCCAAGGGACUGAUGGAACACAACUGUCAGGAUUAUCUGUCUCCCCAGAGGUGUCGCACAAGUCAUAGCAUGGAAAAAGUUGUCUUGUUUAACUUCAUUGCAUUGAUUGGUAGUAAACUGUAGAUGGAACCACAUUAACCAUUUUGUGGAUUAAAGCUUUUUGGGGGAAGCUGUUGGAGGCAUUACACACUACACAAUAUGAUUUAGCAAGAAUUGCAACAAGAAAUAAAUCAAAUCAAUCUAUAUAAAAACAAGUAAAUACAAAAUCAACUCAAUCAUUUCUGAGGAUGAGGCAGUUUAGAUAGUCGGCUUUGUGUAUCAUAGAUGGAAGGACACCGUUAUAUAAAUCAGGAUUGCAAUGUGCUUGGCUAAUUUGGGGCGUAUGGUUUCGGAUUGUGUGGCUUGUCAUGGGAGAGGGAGUCUGUAAAAGCCAUUCUUUGUAUAAUAUUUACACAGGGAGGUUUGUUUAAUGUCACAUGGGUUUUAUAGACAUUCACGUGUUUUAUUAAUGUGCACACCCUGCUAAAUCUGUCUGCCAUUCUGCUUUUACAUGGAGGCAUGCACCUACUAUGGCAUUAAACAUACACAUUUUGGAAGAUGAAACAUCUUUGGCAGGCAUAUGUAACCUUCGACACUCCAGGAGUUGUGGACUACAUCUCCCAUAAUGCUCUUAAGUGCCAAAGAUGGCCUACUGUUGAUCAAGGGGUACCACAGCCUUUCAGUUGUAGCAAUAAUUAGUUCUGUUUUUAAAUAUGUUAGAAAAAUAAUUUAAAGGUCUAAUUUGUAACCCACUUUUUAAAUUUCCCAUCAGCCUGAAGUCCUCAUGCGAACGUCCGUGCAGUGAGAGCCAGCCAGAUCUUAUUGAAGAGAACUGA